AUGCUCUCGAAAGAGUGUCAAGGCCUACGAAGGAGAGUUAAGACCUACGAAGGAGUGUCAAGGCUCACGAAGGAGUGUCAAGGCCUACGAAGGAGUGUCAAGGCUCACGAAGGAGUGCCAAGGCCUACGAAGGAGUGUCAAGGCUCACGAAGGAGUGUCAAGGCCUACGAAGGAGUGUCAAGGCUCACGAAAGAGUGUCAAGGCCUACGAAGGAGUGUCAAGGCUCAUGAAGGAGUGUUAAGGCUCACGAAGGAGUGUCAAGGCCUACGAAGGAGUGUCAAGGCUCACGAAGGAGUGUCAAGGCCUACGAGGGAGUGUCAAGGCUCACGAAGGAGUGUCAAGGCCUACGAAGGAGUGCCAAGGCCUACGAAGGAGUGUCAAGGCUCACGAAGGAGUGUCAAGGCCUACGAAGGAGUGUCAAGGCUCACGAAGGAGUGUCAAGGCCUACGAAGGAGUGUCAAGGCUCACGAAGGAGUGUCAAGGCCUACGAAGGAGUGUCAAGGCUCACGAAGGAGUGUCAAGGCCUACGAAGGAGUGUCAAGGCUCACGAAGGAGUGCUCACGAAGGAGUGUCAAGGCCUACGAAGGAGUGUCAAGGCUCACGAAGGAGUGUCAAGGCUCACAAAGGAGUGUCAAGGCUCACGAAGGAGUGUCAAGGCCUACGAAGGAGUGUCAAGGCUCACGAAGGAGUGUCAAGGCCUACGAAGGAGUGUCAAGUCUCACGAAGGAGUGUCAAGGCUCACGAAGGAGUGUCAAGGCUCACGAAGGAGUGCCAAGGCCUACGAAGGAGUGUCAAGGCUCACGAAGGAGUGUCAAAGCCUACGAAGGAGUGUCAAGGCUCACGAAGGAGUGUCAAGGCCUACGAAGGAGUGUCAAGGCUCAUGAAGGAGUGUUAAGGCUCACGAAGGAGUGUCAAGGCCUACGAAGGAGUGUCAAGGCUCACGAAGGAGUGUCAAGGCCUACGAAGGAGUGUCAAGGCUCACGAAGGAGUGUCAAGGCCUACGAAGGAGUGUCAAGGCCUACGAAGGAGUGUAAAGGCUCACGAAGGAGUGUCAAGGCCUACGAAGGAGUGUCAAGGCUCACGAAGGAGUGUCAAGGCCUACGAAGGAGUGUCAAGGCUCAUGAAGGAGUGUUAAGGCUCACGAAGGAGUGUCAAGGCCUACGAAGGAGUGUCAAGGCUCACGAAGGAGUGCCAAUGCUCUCGAAAGAGUGUCAAGGCUCACGAAGGAGUGUUAAGGCUCACGAAGGAGUGUCAAGGCCUACGAAGGAGUGUCAAGGCCUACGAAGGAGUGUCAAGGCUCAUGAAGGAGUGUUAAGGCUCACGAAGGAGUGUCAAGGCCUACGAAGGAGUGUCAAGGCUCACGAAGGAGUGUCAAGGCCUACGAAGGAGUGUCAAGGCUCACGAAGGAGCGCCAAGGCCUACGAAGGAGUGUCAAGGCUCACGAAGGAGUGUCAAGGCCUACGAAGGAGUGUCAAGGCUCAUGAAGGAGUGUUAAGGCUCACGAAGGAGUGUCAAGGCCUACGAAGGAGUGUCAAGGCUCACGAAGGAGUGUCAAGGCUCACAAAGGAGUGUCAAGGCUCACGAAGGAGUGCCAAGGCCUACGAAGGAGUGUCAAGGCUCACGAAGGAGUGUCAAGGCCUACGAAGGAGUGUCAAGGCUCACGAAGGAGUGUCAAGGCUCACGAAGGAGUGUCAAGGCUCACGAAGGAGUGCCAAGGCCUACGAAGGAGUGUCAAGGCUCACGAAGGAGUGUCAAGGCCUACGAAGGAGUGUCAAGGCCUACGAAGGAGUGCUCACGAAGGAGUGUCAAGGCCUACGAAGGAGUGUCAAGGCUCAUGAAGGAGUGUUAAGGCUCACGAAGGAGUGUCAAGGCCUACGAAGGAGUGUCAAGGCUCACGAAGGAGUGUCAAGGCCUACGAAGGAGUGUCAAGGCUCACGAAGGAGUGUCAAGGCUCACGAAGGAGUGUCAAGGCUCACGAAGGAGUGCCAAGGCCUACGAAGGAGUGUCAAGGCUCACGAAGGAGUGUCAAGGCCUACGAAGGAGUGUCAAGGCCUACGAAGGAGUGUAAAGGCUCACGAAGGAGUGUCAAGGCCUACGAAGGAGUGUCAAGGCUCACGAAGGAGUGUCAAGGCCUACGAAGGAGUGUCAAGGCCUACGAAGGAGUGUCAAGGCUCACGAAGGAGUGUCAAGGCUCACAAAGGAGUGUCAAGGCUCACGAAGGAGUGUCAAGGCCUACGAAGGAGUGUCAAGGCUCACGAAGGAGUGCCAAUGCUCUCGAAAGAGUGUCAAGGCCUACGAAGGAGAGUUAAGACCUACGAAGGAGUGUCAAGGCUCACGAAGGAGUGUCAAGGCCUACGAAGGAGUGUCAAGGCUCACGAAGGAGUGCCAAGGCCUACGAAGGAGUGUCAAGGCUCACGAAGGAGUGUCAAGGCCUACGAAGGAGUGUCAAGGCUCACGAAAGAGUGCUCACGAAGGAGUGUCAAGGCCUACGAGGGAGUGUCAAGGCUCACGAAGGAGUGUCAAGGCCUACGAGGGAGUGUCAAGGCUCACGAAGGAGUGUCAAGGCCUACGAAGGAGUGUCAAGGCUCACGAAGGAGUGUCAAGGCUCACGAAGGAGUGUCAAGGCUCACGAAGGAGUGCCAAUGCUCUCGAAAGAGUGUCAAGGCUCACGAAGGAGAGUUAAGACCUACGAAGGAGUGUCAAGGCUCACGAAGGAGUGUCAAGGCCUACGAAGGAGUGUCAAGGCUCACGAAAGAGUGUCAAGACCUACGAAGGAGUGUCAAGGCUCACGAAGGAGUGUCAAGGCUCAAGAAGGAGUGUCAAGGCCUACGAAGGAGUGUCAAGGCUCACGAAGGAGUGUCAAGGCUCACGAAGGAGUGUCAAGGCCUACGAAGGAGUGUCAAGGCUCACGAAGGAGUGUCAAGGCCUACGAAGGAGUGUCAAGGCUCACGAAGGAGUGUCAAGGCCUACGAAGGAGUGUCAAGGCCUACGAAGGAGUGUAAAGGCUCACGAAGGAGUUUCAAGGCCUACGAAGGAGUGUCAAGGCUCACGAAGGAGUGUCAAGGCUCACAAAGGAGUGUCAAGGCUCACGAAGGAGUGUCAAGGCUCACGAAGGAGUGUCAAGGCCUACGAAGGAGUGUCAAGGCCUACGAAGGAGUGUCAAGGCUCACGAAGGAGUGUCAAGGCUCACGAAGGAGUGUCAAGGCUCACGAAGGAGUGUCAAGGCUCACGAAGGAGUGUCAAGGCUCACGAAGGAGUGUCAAGGCCUACGAAGGAGUGUCAAGGCCUACGAAGGAGUGUCGAGGCUCACGAAGGAGUGUCAAGGCUCACGAAGGAGUGUCAAGGCUCACGAAGGAGUGUCAAGGCUCACGAAGGAGUGUCAAGGCCUACGAAGGAGUGUCAAGGCCUACGAAGGAGUGUCAAGGCUCACGAAGGAGUGUCAAGGCUCACGAAGGAGUGUCAAGGCUCACGAAGGAGUGUCAAGGCUCACGAAGGAGUGUCAAGGCUCACGAAGGAGUGUCAAGGCCUACGAAGGAGUGUCAAGGCCUACGAAGGAGUGUCAAGGCUCACGAAGGAGUGUCAAGGCUCACGAAGGAGUGUCAAGGCUCACGAAGGAGUGCCAAGGCCUACGAAGGAGUGUCAAGGCUCACGAAGGAGUGUCAAGGCCUACGAAGGAGUGUCAAGGCUCACGAAGGAGUGUCAAGGCUCACGAAGGAGUGCCAAUGCUCUCGAAAGAGUGUCAAGGCCUACGAAGGAGAGUUAAGACCUACGAAGGAGUGUCAAGGCUCACGAAGGAGUGUCAAGGCCUACGAAGGAGUGUCAAGGCUCACGAAGGAGUGUCAAGGCCUACGAAGGAGUGUCAAGGCUCACGAAAGAGUGUCAAGACCUACGAAGGAGUGUCAAGGCUCACGAAGGAGUGUCAAGGCUCAAGAAGGAGUGUCAAGGCCUACGAAGGAGUGUCAAGGCUCACGAAGGAGUGUCAAGGCUCACGAAGGAGUGUCAAGGCCUACGAAGGAGUGUCAAGGCUCACGAAGGAGUGUCAAGGCCUACGAAGGAGUGUCAAGGCUCACGAAGGAGUGUCAAGGCCUACGAAGGAGUGUCAAGGCCUACGAAGGAGUGCUCACGAAGGAGUGUCAAGGCCUACGAAGGAGUGUCAAGGCUCACGAAGGAGCGCCAAGGCCUACGAAGGAGUGUCAAGGCUCACGAAGGAGUGUCAAGGCCUACGAAGGAGUGUCAAGGCUCACGAAGGAGUGUCAAGGCCUACGAAGGAGUGUCAAGGCUCAUGAAGGAGUGUUAAGGCUCACGAAGGAGUGUCAAGGCCUACGAAGGAGUGUCAAGGCUCACGAAGGAGUGUCAAGGCUCACAAAGGAGUGUCAAGGCUCACGAAGGAGUGUCAAGGCCUACGAAGGAGUGUCAAGGCUCACGAAGGAGUGUCAAGGCCUACGAAGGAGUGUCAAGGCUCACGAAGGAGUGUCAAGGCUCACGAAGGAGUGUCAAGGCUCACGAAGGAGUGCCAAGGCCUACGAAGGAGUGUCAAGGCUCACGAAGGAGUGUCAAGGCCUACGAAGGAGUGUCAAGGCUCACGAAGGAGUGUCAAGGCCUACGAAGGAGUGUCAAGGCCUACGAAGGAGUGUAAAGGCUCACGAAGGAGUGUCAAGGCCUACGAAGGAGUGUCAAGGCUCACGAAGGAGUGUCAAGGCUCACAAAGGAGUGUCAAGGCUCACGAAGGAGUGUCAAGGCUCACGAAGGAGUGUCAAGGCCUACGAAGGAGUGUCAAGGCCUACGAAGGAGUGUCAAGGCUCACGAAGGAGUGUCAAGGCUCACGAAGGAGUGUCAAGGCUCACGAAGGAGUGUCAAGGCUCACGAAGGAGUGUCAAGGCUCACGAAGGAGUGUCAAGGCCUACGAAGGAGUGUCAAGGCCUACGAAGGAGUGUCAAGGCUCACGAAGGAGUGUCAAGGCUCACAAAGGAGUGUCAAGGCUCACGAAGGAGUGUCAAGGCUCACGAAGGAGUGUCAAGGCCUACGAAGGAGUGUCAAGGCCUACGAAGGAGUGUCAAGGCUCACGAAGGAGUGUCAAGGCUCACGAAGGAGUGUCAAGGCUCACGAAGGAGUGUCAAGGCUCACGAAGGAGUGUCAAGGCUCACGAAGGAGUGUCAAGGCCUACGAAGGAGUGUCAAGGCCUACGAAGGAGUGUCAAGGCUCACGAAGGAGUGUCAAGGCUCACGAAGGAGUGUCAAGGCUCACGAAGGAGUGCCAAGGCCUACGAAGGAGUGUCAAGGCUCACGAAGGAGUGUCAAGGCCUACGAAGGAGUGUCAAGGCUCACGAAAGAGUGUCAAGGCCUACGAAGGAGUGUCAAGGCUCAUGAAGGAGUGUUAAGGCUCACGAAGGAGUGUCAAGGCCUACGAAGGAGUGUCAAGGCUCACGAAGGAGUGUCAAGGCCUACGAAGGAGUGUCAAGGCUCACGAAGGAGUGUCAAGGCCUACGAAGGAGUGUCAAGGCUCACGAAGGAGUGUCAAGGCUCACGAAGGAGUGUCAAGGCUCACGAAGGAGUGCCAAUGCUCUCGAAAGAGUGUCAAGGCCUACGAAGGAGAGUUAAGACCUACGAAGGAGUGUCAAGGCUCACGAAGGAGUGUCAAGGCCUACGAAGGAGUGUCAAGGCUCACGAAGGAGUGUCAAGGCCUACGAAGGAGUGUCAAGGCUCACGAAAGAGUGUCAAGACCUACGAAGGAGUGUCAAGGCUCACGAAGGAGUGUCAAGGCUCAAGAAGGAGUGUCAAGGCCUACGAAGGAGUGUCAAGGCUCACGAAGGAGUGUCAAGGCUCACGAAGGAGUGUCAAGGCCUACGAAGGAGUGUCAAGGCUCACGAAGGAGUGUCAAGGCCUACGAAGGAGUGUCAAGGCUCACGAAGGAGUGUCAAGGCCUACGAAGGAGUGUCAAGGCCUACGAAGGAGUGUAAAGGCUCACGAAGGAGUGUCAAGGCCUACGAAGGAGUGUCAAGGCCUACGAAGGAGUGUCAAAGCUCACGAAGGAGUGUCAAGGCCUACGAAGGAGUGUCAAGGCUCACGAAGGAGCGCCAAGGCCUACGAAGGAGUGUCAAGGCUCACGAAGGAGUGUCAAGGCUCACGAAGGAGUGUCAAGGCUCACGAAGGAGUGCCAAUGCUCUCGAAAGAGUGUCAAGGCCUACGAAGGAGAGUUAAGACCUACGAAGGAGUGUCAAGGCUCACGAAGGAGUGUCAAGGCCUACGAAGGAGUGUCAAGGCUCACGAAGGAGUGUCAAGGCCUACGAAGGAGUGUCAAGGCUCACGAAAGAGUGUCAAGACCUACGAAGGAGUGUCAAGGCUCACGAAGGAGUGUCAAGGCUCAAGAAGGAGUGUCAAGGCCUACGAAGGAGUGUCAAGGCUCACGAAGGAGUGUCAAGGCUCACGAAGGAGUGUCAAGGCCUACGAAGGAGUGUCAAGGCUCACGAAGGAGUGUCAAGGCCUACGAAGGAGUGUCAAGGCUCACGAAGGAGUGUCAAGGCCUACGAAGGAGUGUCAAGGCCUACGAAGGAGUGUAAAGGCUCACGAAGGAGUGUCAAGGCCUACGAAGGAGUGUCAAGGCCUACGAAGGAGUGUCAAAGCUCACGAAGGAGUGUCAAGGCCUACGAAGGAGUGUCAAGGCCUACGAAGGAGUGCCUACGAAGGAGUGUCAAAGCUCACGAAGGAGUGUCAAGGCCUACGAAGGAGUGUCAAGGCUCACGAAGGAGCGCCAAGGCCUACGAAGGAGUGUCAAGGCUCACGAAGGAGUGUCAAGGCCUACGAAGGAGUGUCAAGGCUCACGAAGGAGUGUCAAGGCCUACGAAGGAGUGUCAAGGCUCAUGAAGGAGUGUUAAGGCUCACGAAGGAGUGUCAAGGCCUACGAAGGAGUGUCAAGGCUCACGAAGGAGUGUCAAGGCUCACAAAGGAGUGUCAAGGCUCACGAAGGAGUGUCAAGGCCUACGAAGGAGUGUCAAGGCUCAUGAAGGAGUGUCAAGGCCUACGAAGGAGUGUCAAGGCUCACGAAGGAGUGUCAAGGCUCACGAAGGAGUGUCAAGGCUCACGAAGGAGUGCCAAGGCCUACGAAGGAGUGUCAAGGCUCACGAAGGAGUGUCAAAGCCUACGAAGGAGUGUCAAGGCUCACGAAGGAGUGUCAAGGCCUACGAAGGAGUGUCAAGGCUCACGAAGGAGUGUCAAGGCUCACGAAGGAGUGUCAAGGCCUACGAAGGAGUGUCAAGGCUCACGAAGGAGUGUCAAGGCCUACGAAGGAGUGUCAAGGCUCACGAAGGAGUGUCAAGGCCUACGAAGGAGUGUCAAGGCUCACGAAGGAGUGUCAAGGCUCACGAAGGAGUGUCAAGGCCUACGAAGGAGAAUCAAGGCCUACGAAGGAGUGUCAAGGCUCACGAAGGAGUGUCAAGGCCUACGAAGGAGUGUCAAGGCUCACGAAGGAGUGUCAAGGCCUACGAAGGAGUGUCAAGGCCUACGAAGGAGUGUCAAGGCUCACGAAGGAGUGUCAAGGCCUACGAAGGAGUGUCAAGGCUCACGAAGGAGUGUCAAGGCCUACGAAGGAGUGUCAAGGCUCACAAAGGAGUGUCAAGGCUCACGAAGAAGUGUCAAAGCCUACGAAGGAGUGUCAAGGCUCACGAAGGAGUGUCAAGGCCUACGAAGGAGUGUCAAGGCUCACGAAGGAGUGUCAAGGCCUACGAAGGAGUGUCAAGGCUCACGAAGGAGUGUCAAGGCUCACGAAGGAGUGUCAAGGCUCACGAAGGAGUGUCAAAGCCUACGAAGGAGUGUCAAGGCUCACGAAGGAGUGUCAAGGCUCACGAAGGAGUGCCAAGGCCUACGAAGGAGUGUCAAGGCUCACGAAGGAGUGUCAAAGCCUACGAAGGAGUGCUCACGAAGGAGUGUCAAGGCCUACGAAGGAGUGUCAAGGCCUACGAAGGAGUGUCAAGGCUCACGAAGGAGUGUCAAGGCUCACGAAGGAGUGUCAAGGCUCACAAAGGAGUGUCAAGGCUCACGAAGGAGUGUCAAGGCCUACGAAGGAGUGUCAAGGCUCACGAAGGAGUGUCAAGGCUCACAAAGGAGUGUCAAGGCUCACGAAGGAGUGUCAAGGCUCACGAAGGAGUGUCAAGGCUCACAAAGGAGUGUCAAGGCUCACGAAGGAGUGUCAAGGCCUACGAAGGAGAAUCAAGGCCUACGAAGGAGUGUCAAGGCUCACGAAGGAGUGUCAAGGCCUACGAAGGAGUGUCAAGGCUCACGAAGGAGUGUCAAGGCCUACGAAGGAGUGUCAAGGCUCACGAAGGAGUGUCAAGGCUCACAAAGGAGUGUCAAGGCUCACGAAGAAGUGUCAAGGCCUACGAAGGAGUGUCAAGGCUCACGAAGGAGUGUCAAGGCCUACGAAGGAGUGUCAAGGCUCACGAAGGAGUGUCAAGGCUCACGAAGGAGUGUCAAGGCUCACGAAGGAGUGCCAAGGCCUACGAAGGAGUGUCAAGGCUCACGAAGGAGUGUCAAAGCCUACGAAGGAGUGUCAAGGCUCACGAAGGAGUGUCAAGGCCUACGAAGGAGUGUCAAGGCUCACGAAGGAGUGUCAAGGCUCACAAAGGAGUGUCAAGGCUCACGAAGGAGUGUCAAGGCCUACGAAGGAGUGUCAAGGCUCAUGAAGGAGUGUCAAGGCCUACGAAGGAGUGUCAAGGCUCACGAAGGAGUGUCAAGGCUCACGAAGGAGUGUCAAGGCUCACGAAGGAGUGCCAAGGCCUACGAAGGAGUGUCAAGGCUCACGAAGGAGUGUCAAAGCCUACGAAGGAGUGUCAAGGCUCACGAAGGAGUGUCAAGGCCUACGAAGGAGUGUCAAGGCUCACGAAGGAGUGUCAAGGCUCACGAAGGAGUGUCAAGGCCUACGAAGGAGUGUCAAGGCUCACGAAGGAGUGUCAAGGCCUACGAAGGAGUGUCAAGGCUCACGAAGGAGUGUCAAGGCCUACGAAGGAGUGUCAAGGCUCACGAAGGAGUGUCAAGGCUCACGAAGGAGUGUCAAGGCCUACGAAGGAGAAUCAAGGCCUACGAAGGAGUGUCAAGGCUCACGAAGGAGUGUCAAGGCCUACGAAGGAGUGUCAAGGCUCACGAAGGAGUGUCAAGGCCUACGAAGGAGUGUCAAGGCUCACAAAGGAGUGUCAAGGCUCACGAAGAAGUGUCAAGGCCUACGAAGGAGUGUCAAGGCUCACGAAGGAGUGUCAAGGCCUACGAAGGAGUGUCAAGGCCUACGAAGGAGUGUAAAGGCUCACGAAGGAGUGUCAAGGCCUACGAAGGAGUGUCAAGGCUCACGAAGGAGUGUCAAGGCCUACGAAGGAGUGUCAAGGCUCACGAAGGAGCGCCAAGGCCUACGAAGGAGUGUCAAGGCUCACGAAGGAGUGUCAAGGCCUACGAAGGAGUGUCAAGGCUCGCGAAGGAGUGUCAAGGCCUACGAAGGAGUGUCAAGGCUCAUGAAGGAGUGUUAAGGCUCACGAAGGAGUGUCAAGGCCUACGAAGGAGUGUCAAGGCUCACGAAGGAGUGUCAAGGCUCACAAAGGAGUGUCAAGGCUCACGAAGGAGUGUCAAGGCCUACGAAGGAGUGUCAAGGCUCACGAAGGAGUGUCAAGGCCUACGAAGGAGUGUCAAGGCUCACGAAGGAGUGUCAAGGCUCACGAAGGAGUGUCAAGGCUCACGAAGGAGUGUCAAAGCCUACGAAGGAGUGUCAAGGCUCACGAAGGAGUGUCAAGGCUCACGAAGGAGUGCCAAGGCCUACGAAGGAGUGUCAAGGCUCACGAAGGAGUGUCAAAGCCUACGAAGGAGUGCCUACGAAGGAGUGUCAAGGCCUACGAAGGAGUGUCAAGGCUCACGAAGGAGUGUCAAGGCUCACGAAGGAGUGUCAAGGCUCACAAAGGAGUGUCAAGGCUCACGAAGGAGUGUCAAGGCCUACGAAGGAGUGUCAAGGCUCACGAAGGAGUGUCAAGGCUCACAAAGGAGUGUCAAGGCUCACGAAGGAGUGUCAAGGCUCACGAAGGAGUGUCAAGGCUCACAAAGGAGUGUCAAGGCUCACGAAGGAGUGUCAAGGCCUACGAAGGAGAAUCAAGGCCUACGAAGGAGUGUCAAGGCUCACGAAGGAGUGUCAAGGCCUACGAAGGAGUGUCAAGGCUCACGAAGGAGUGUCAAGGCCUACGAAGGAGUGUCAAGGCUCACGAAGGAGUGUCAAGGCUCACAAAGGAGUGUCAAGGCUCACGAAGAAGUGUCAAGGCCUACGAAGGAGUGUCAAGGCUCACGAAGGAGUGUCAAGGCCUACGAAGGAGUGUCAAGGCUCACGAAGGAGUGUCAAGGCUCACGAAGGAGUGUCAAGGCUCACGAAGGAGUGCCAAGGCCUACGAAGGAGUGUCAAGGCUCACGAAGGAGUGUCAAAGCCUACGAAGGAGUGUCAAGGCUCACGAAGGAGUGUCAAGGCCUACGAAGGAGUGUCAAGGCUCAUGAAGGAGUGUUAAGGCUCACGAAGGAGUGUCAAGGCCUACGAAGGAGUGUCAAGGCCUACGAAGGAGUGUCAAGGCUCACGAAGGAGUGUCAAGGCUCACAAAGGAGUGUCAAGGCUCACGAAGGAGUGUCAAGGCCUACGAAGGAGUGUCAAGGCUCACGAAGGAGUGUCAAGGCUCACAAAGGAGUGUCAAGGCUCACGAAGGAGUGUCAAGGCCUACGAAGGAGUGUCAAGGCUCACGAAGGAGUGUCAAGGCCUACGAAGGAGUGUCAAGGCUCACGAAGGAGUGUCAAGGCCUACGAAGGAGUGUCAAGGCUCACGAAGGAGUGUCAAGGCUCACGAAGGAGUGUCAAGGCCUACGAAGGAGAAUCAAGGCCUACGAAGGAGUGUCAAGGCUCACGAAGGAGUGUCAAGGCCUACGAAGGAGUGUCAAGGCUCACGAAGGAGUGUCAAGGCUCACGAAGGAGUGUCAAGGCUCACGAAGGAGUGCCAAGGCCUACGAAGGAGUGUCAAGGCUCACGAAGGAGUGUCAAGUCCUACGAAGGAGUGUCAAGGCUCACGAAGGAGUGUCAAGGCCUACGAAGGAGUGUCAAGGCUCAUGAAGGAGUGUUAAGGCUCACGAAGGAGUGUCAAGGCCUACGAAGGAGUGUCAAGGCCUACGAAGGAGUGUCAAGGCUCACAAAGGAGUGUCAAGGCUCACGAAGGAGUGUCAAGGCCUACGAAGGAGUGUCAAGGCUCACGAAGGAGUGUCAAGGCUCACAAAGGAGUGUCAAGGCUCACGAAGGAGUGUCAAGGCCUACGAAGGAGUGUCAAGGCUCACGAAGGAGUGUCAAGGCCUACGAAGGAGUGUCAAGGCUCACGAAGGAGUGUCAAGGCCUACGAAGGAGUGUCAAGGCUCACGAAGGAGUGUCAAGGCUCACGAAGGAGUGUCAAGGCCUACGAAGGAGAAUCAAGGCCUACGAAGGAGUGCUCACGAAGGAGUGUCAAGGCCUACGAAGGAGUGUCAAGGCUCACGAAGGAGUGUCAAGGCUCACAAAGGAGUGUCAAGGCUCACGAAGGAGUGUCAAGGCCUACGAAGGAGUGUCAAGGCUCACGAAGGAGUGUCAAGGCCUACGAAGGAGUGUCAAGGCUCACGAAGGAGUGUCAAGGCUCACGAAGGAGUGUCAAGGCUCACGAAGGAGUGCCAAGGCCUACGAAGGAGUGUCAAGGCUCACGAAGGAGUGUCAAAGCCUACGAAGGAGUGUCAAGGCUCACGAAGGAGUGUCAAGGCCUACGAAGGAGUGUCAAGGCUCACGAAGGAGUGUCAAGGCUCACGAAGGAGUGUCAAGGCCUACGAAGGAGUGUCAAGGCUCACGAAGGAGUGUCAAGGCCUACGAAGGAGUGUCAAGGCUCACGAAGGAGUGUCAAGGCUCACGAAGGAGUGUCAAGGCCUACGAAGGAGAAUCAAGGCCUACGAAGGAGUGUCAAGGCUCACGAAGGAGUGUCAAGGCCUACGAAGGAGUGUCAAGGCUCACGAAGGAGUGUCAAGGCCUACGAAGGAGUGUCAAGGCUCACGAAGGAGUGUCAAGGCUCACAAAGGAGUGUCAAGGCUCACGAAGAAGUGUCAAGGCCUACGAAGGAGUGUCAAGGCUCACGAAGGAGUGUCAAGGCCUACGAAGGAGUGUCAAGGCUCACGAAGGAGUGUCAAGGCUCGCGAAGGAGUGUCAAGGCCUACGAAGGAGUGUCAAGGCCUACGAAGGAGUGUUAAGGCUCACGAAGGAGUGUCAAGGCCUACGAAGGAGUGUCAAGGCUCACGAAGGAGUGUCAAGGCUCACAAAGGAGUGUCAAGGCUCACGAAGGAGUGUCAAGGCCUACGAAGGAGUGUCAAGGCCUACGAAGGAGUGUAAAGGCUCACGAAGGAGUGUCAAGGCCUACGAAGGAGUGUCAAGGCUCACGAAGGAGUGUCAAGGCCUACGAAGGAGUGUCAAGGCUCACGAAGGAGCGCCAAGGCCUACGAAGGAGUGUCAAGGCUCACGAAGGAGUGUCAAGGCCUACGAAGGAGUGUCAAGGCUCGCGAAGGAGUGCUCACGAAGGAGUGUCAAGGCCUACGAAGGAGUGUCAAGGCUCACGAAGGAGUGUCAAGGCUCACAAAGGAGUGUCAAGGCUCACGAAGGAGUGUCAAGGCCUACGAAGGAGUGUCAAGGCUCACGAAGGAGUGUCAAGGCUCACGAAGGAGUGUCAAGGCUCACGAAGGAGUGUCAAGGCUCACGAAGGAGUGCCAAGGCCUACGAAGGAGUGUCAAGGCUCACGAAGGAGUGUCAAAGCCUACGAAGGAGUGUCAAGGCUCAUGAAGGAGUGUUAAGGCUCACGAAGGAGUGUCAAGGCCUACGAAGGAGUGUCAAGGCCUACGAAGGAGUGUCAAGGCUCACGAAGGAGUGUCAAGGCUCACAAAGGAGUGUCAAGGCUCACGAAGGAGUGUCAAGGCCUACGAAGGAGUGUCAAGGCUCACGAAGGAGUGUCAAGGCUCACAAAGGAGUGUCAAGGCUCACGAAGGAGUGUCAAGGCCUACGAAGGAGUGUCAAGGCUCACGAAGGAGUGUCAAGGCCUACGAAGGAGUGUCAAGGCUCACGAAGGAGUGUCAAGGCCUACGAAGGAGUGUCAAGGCUCACGAAGGAGUGUCAAGGCUCACGAAGGAGUGUCAAGGCUCACGAAGGAGUGCCAAUGCUCUCGAAAGAGUGUCAAGGCCUACGAAGGAGAGUUAAGACCUACGAAGGAGUGUCAAGGCUCACGAAGGAGUGUCAAGGCCUACGAAGGAGUGUCAAGGCUCACGAAGGAGUGUCAAGGCCUACGAAGGAGUGUCAAGGCUCACGAAAGAGUGUCAAGACCUACGAAGGAGUGUCAAGGCUCACGAAGGAGUGUCAAGGCUCAAGAAGGAGUGUCAAGGCCUACGAAGGAGUGUCAAGGCUCACGAAGGAGUGUCAAGGCUCACGAAGGAGUGUCAAGGCCUACGAAGGAGUGUCAAGGCUCACGAAGGAGUGUCAAGGCCUACGAAGGAGUGUCAAGGCUCACGAAGGAGUGUCAAGGCCUACGAAGGAGUGUCAAGGCCUACGAAGGAGUGUAAAGGCUCACGAAGGAGUGUCAAGGCCUACGAAGGAGUGUCAAGGCCUACGAAGGAGUGUCAAGGCUCACGAAGGAGUGUCAAGGCCUACGAAGGAGUGUCAAGGCUCACGAAGGAGCGCCAAGGCCUACGAAGGAGUGUCAAGGCUCACGAAGGAGUGUCAAGGCUCACGAAGGAGUGUCAAAGCCUACGAAGGAGUGUCAAGGCUCACGAAGGAGUGUCAAGGCCUACGAAGGAGUGUCAAGGCUCACGAAGGAGUGUCAAGGCCUACGAAGGAGUGUCAAGGCUCACGAAGGAGUGUCAAGGCUCACGAAGGAGUGUCAAGGCCUACGAAGGAGAAUCAAGGCCUACGAAGGAGUGUCAAGGCUCACGAAGGAGUGUCAAGGCCUACGAAGGAGUGUCAAGGCUCACGAAGGAGUGUCAAGGCCUACGAAGGAGUGUCAAGGCUCACGAAGGAGUGUCAAGGCCUACGAAGGAGUGUCAAGGCUCACGAAGGAGUGUCAAGGCCUACGAAGGAGUGUCAAGGCUCACGAAGGAGUGUCAAGGCUCACAAAGGAGUGUCAAGGCUCACGAAGAAGUGUCAAGGCCUACGAAGGAGUGUCAAGGCUCACGAAGGAGUGUCAAGGCCUACGAAGGAGUGUCAAGGCUCACGAAGGAGUGUCAAGGCCUACGAAGGAGUGUCAAGGCUCACGAAGGAGUGUCAAGGCCUACGAAGGAGUGUCAAGGCUCACGAAGGAGUGUCAAGGCUCACAAAGGAGUGUCAAGGCUCACGAAGAAGUGUCAAGGCCUACGAAGGAGUGUCAAGGCUCACGAAGGAGUGUCAAGGCCUACGAAGGAGUGUCAAGGCCUACGAAGGAGUGCCUACGAAGGAGUGUCAAGGCUCACAAAGGAGUGUCAAGGCUCACGAAGGAGUGUCAAGGCCUACGAAGGAGUGUCAAGGCUCACGAAGGAGUGUCAAGGCCUACGAAGGAGUGUCAAGGCUCACGAAGGAGUGUCAAGGCUCACGAAGGAGUGUCAAGGCUCACGAAGGAGUGCCAAGGCCUACGAAGGAGUGUCAAGGCUCACGAAGGAGUGUCAAAGCCUACGAAGGAGUGUCAAGGCUCACGAAGGAGUGUCAAGGCCUACGAAGGAGUGUCAAGGCUCAUGAAGGAGUGUUAAGGCUCACGAAGGAGUGUCAAGGCCUACGAAGGAGUGUCAAGGCCUACGAAGGAGUGUCAAGGCUCACGAAGGAGUGUCAAGGCUCACAAAGGAGUGUCAAGGCCUACGAAGGAGUGUCAAGGCUCAUGAAGGAGUGUCAAGGCUCACGAAGGAGUGUCAAGGCUCACAAAGGAGUGUCAAGGCUCACGAAGGAGUGUCAAGGCCUACGAAGGAGUGUCAAGGCUCACGAAGGAGUGUCAAGGCCUACGAAGGAGUGUCAAGGCUCACGAAGGAGUGUCAAGGCCUACGAAGGAGUGUCAAGGCUCACGAAGGAGUGUCAAGGCUCACGAAGGAGUGUCAAGGCCUACGAAGGAGAAUCAAGGCCUACGAAGGAGUGUCAAGGCUCACGAAGGAGUGUCAAGGCCUACGAAGGAGUGUCAAGGCUCACGAAGGAGUGUCAAGGCCUACGAAGGAGUGUCAAGGCUCACGAAGGAGUGUCAAGGCUCACAAAGGAGUGUCAAGGCUCACGAAGAAGUGUCAAGGCCUACGAAGGAGUGUCAAGGCUCACGAAGGAGUGUCAAGGCCUACGAAGGAGUGUCAAGGCUCACGAAGGAGUGUCAAGGCUCACGAAGGAGUGUCAAGGCUCACGAAGGAGUGCCAAGGCCUACGAAGGAGUGUCAAGGCUCACGAAGGAGUGUCAAAGCCUACGAAGGAGUGUCAAGGCUCACGAAGGAGUGCCUACGAAGGAGUGUCAAGGCCUACGAAGGAGUGUCAAGGCUCACGAAGGAGUGUCAAGGCUCACAAAGGAGUGUCAAGGCUCACGAAGGAGUGUCAAGGCCUACGAAGGAGUGUCAAGGCUCACGAAGGAGUGUCAAGGCUCACAAAGGAGUGUCAAGGCUCACGAAGGAGUGUCAAGGCCUACGAAGGAGUGUCAAGGCUCACGAAGGAGUGUCAAGGCCUACGAAGGAGUGUCAAGGCUCACGAAGGAGUGUCAAGGCCUACGAAGGAGUGUCAAGGCUCACGAAGGAGUGUCAAGGCCUACGAAGGAGUGUCAAGGCUCACGAAGGAGUGUCAAGGCUCACAAAGGAGUGUCAAGGCUCACGAAGAAGUGUCAAGGCCUACGAAGGAGUGUCAAGGCUCACGAAGGAGUGUCAAGGCCUACGAAGGAGUGUCAAGGCCUACGAAGGAGUGUAAAGGCUCACGAAGGAGUGUCAAGGCCUACGAAGGAGUGUCAAGGCUCACGAAGGAGUGUCAAGGCCUACGAGGGAGUGUCAAGGCUCACGAAGGAGCGCCAAGGCCUACGAAGGAGUGUCAAGGCUCACGAAGGAGUGUCAAGGCCUACGAAGGAGUGUCAAGGCUCACGAAGGAGUGUCAAGGCUCACAAAGGAGUGUCAAGGCUCACGAAGGAGUGCCAAGGCCUACGAAGGAGUGUCAAGGCUCACGAAGGAGUGUCAAGGCCUACGAAGGAGUGUCAAGGCCUACAAAGGAGUGUCAAGGCUCACGAAGGAGUGUUAAGGCUCACGAAGGAGUGUCAAGGCUCACGAAGGAGUGUCAAGGCUCACGAAGGAGUGCCAAGGCCUACGAAGGAGUGUCAAGGCUCACGAAGGAGUGUCAAAGCCUACGAAGGAGUGUCAAGGCUCACGAAGGAGUGUCAAGGCCUACGAAGGAGUGUCAAGGCUCACGAAGGAGUGUCAAGGCUCACGAAGGAGUGUCAAGGCCUACGAAGGAGUGUCAAGGCUCACGAAGGAGUGUCAAGGCCUACGAAGGAGUGUCAAGGCUCACGAAGGAGUGUCAAGGCCUACGAAGGAGUGUCAAGGCCUACGAAGGAGUGUAAAGGCUCACGAAGGAGUGUCAAGGCCUACGAAGGAGUGUCAAGGCCUACGAAGGAGUGUCAAGGCUCACGAAGGAGUGUCAAGGCCUACGAAGGAGUGUCAAGGCUCACGAAGGAGCGCCAAGGCCUACGAAGGAGUGUCAAGGCUCACGAAGGAGUGUCAAGGCCUACGAAGGAGUGUCAAGGCUCACGAAGGAGUGCUCACGAAGGAGUGUCAAGGCCUACGAAGGAGUGUCAAGGCUCACGAAGGAGUGUCAAGGCUCACAAAGGAGUGUCAAGGCUCACGAAGGAGUGUCAAGGCCUACGAAGGAGUGUCAAGGCUCACGAAGGAGUGUCAAGGCCUACGAAGGAGUGUCAAGGCUCACGAAGGAGUGUCAAGGCUCACGAAGGAGUGCCAAGGCCUACGAAGGAGUGUCAAGGCUCACGAAGGAGUGUCAAAGCCUACGAAGGAGUGUCAAGGCUCACGAAGGAGUGUCAAGGCCUACGAAGGAGUGUCAAGGCUCACGAAGGAGUGUCAAGGCUCACGAAGGAGUGUCAAGGCCUACGAAGGAGUGUCAAGGCUCACGAAGGAGUGUCAAGGCCUACGAAGGAGUGUCAAGGCUCACGAAGGAGUGUCAAGGCCUACGAAGGAGUGUCAAGGCUCACGAAGGAGUGUCAAGGCUCACGAAGGAGUGUCAAGGCCUACGAAGGAGAAUCAAGGCCUACGAAGGAGUGUCAAGGCUCACGAAGGAGUGUCAAGGCCUACGAAGGAGUGUCAAGGCUCACGAAGGAGUGUCAAGGCCUACGAAGGAGUGUCAAGGCUCACGAAGGAGUGUCAAGGCUCACAAAGGAGUGUCAAGGCUCACGAAGAAGUGUCAAGGCCUACGAAGGAGUGUCAAGGCUCACGAAGGAGUGUCAAGGCCUACGAAGGAGUGUCAAGGCUCACGAAGGAGUGUCAAGGCCUACGAAGGAGUGUCAAGGCUCACGAAGGAGUGUCAAGGCCUACGAAGGAGUGUCAAGGCUCACGAAGGAGUGUCAAGGCUCACAAAGGAGUGUCAAGGCUCACGAAGAAGUGUCAAGGCCUACGAAGGAGUGUCAAGGCUCACGAAGGAGUGUCAAGGCCUACGAAGGAGUGUCAAGGCCUACGAAGGAGUGUAAAGGCUCACGAAGGAGUGUCAAGGCCUACGAAGGAGUGUCAAGGCUCACGAAGGAGUGUCAAGGCCUACGAAGGAGUGUCAAGGCUCACGAAGGAGCGCCAAGGCCUACGAAGGAGUGUCAAGGCUCACGAAGGAGUGUCAAGGCCUACGAAGGAGUGUCAAGGCUCGCGAAGGAGUGCUCACGAAGGAGUGUCAAGGCCUACGAAGGAGUGUCAAGGCUCACGAAGGAGUGUCAAGGCUCACAAAGGAGUGUCAAGGCUCACGAAGGAGUGUCAAGGCCUACGAAGGAGUGUCAAGGCUCACGAAGGAGUGUCAAGGCCUACGAAGGAGUGUCAAGGCUCACGAAGGAGUGUCAAGGCUCACGAAGGAGUGUCAAGGCUCACGAAGGAGUGCCAAGGCCUACGAAGGAGUGUCAAGGCUCACGAAGGAGUGUCAAAGCCUACGAAGGAGUGUCAAGGCUCACGAAGGAGUGUCAAGGCCUACGAAGGAGUGUCAAGGCUCAUGAAGGAGUGUUAAGGCUCACGAAGGAGUGUCAAGGCCUACGAAGGAGUGUCAAGGCCUACGAAGGAGUGUCAAGGCUCACGAAGGAGUGUCAAGGCUCACAAAGGAGUGUCAAGGCUCACGAAGGAGUGUCAAGGCCUACGAAGGAGUGUCAAGGCUCACGAAGGAGUGUCAAGGCUCACAAAGGAGUGUCAAGGCUCACGAAGGAGUGUCAAGGCCUACGAAGGAGUGUCAAGGCUCACGAAGGAGUGUCAAGGCCUACGAAGGAGUGUCAAGGCUCACGAAGGAGUGUCAAGGCCUACGAAGGAGUGUCAAGGCUCACGAAGGAGUGUCAAGGCUCACGAAGGAGUGUCAAGGCCUACGAAGGAGAAUCAAGGCCUACGAAGGAGUGUCAAGGCUCACGAAGGAGUGUCAAGGCCUACGAAGGAGUGUCAAGGCUCACGAAGGAGUGUCAAGGCCUACGAAGGAGUGUCAAGGCUCACGAAGGAGUGUCAAGGCUCACAAAGGAGUGUCAAGGCUCACGAAGAAGUGUCAAGGCCUACGAAGGAGUGUCAAGGCUCACGAAGGAGUGUCAAGGCCUACGAAGGAGUGUCAAGGCUCACGAAGGAGUGUCAAGGCUCACGAAGGAGUGUCAAGGCUCACGAAGGAGUGCCAAGGCCUACGAAGGAGUGUCAAGGCUCACGAAGGAGUGUCAAAGCCUACGAAGGAGUGUCAAGGCUCACGAAGGAGUGCCUACGAAGGAGUGUCAAGGCCUACGAAGGAGUGUCAAGGCUCACGAAGGAGUGUCAAGGCUCACAAAGGAGUGUCAAGGCUCACGAAGGAGUGUCAAGGCCUACGAAGGAGUGUCAAGGCUCACGAAGGAGUGUCAAGGCUCACAAAGGAGUGUCAAGGCUCACGAAGGAGUGUCAAGGCCUACGAAGGAGUGUCAAGGCUCACGAAGGAGUGUCAAGGCCUACGAAGGAGUGUCAAGGCUCACGAAGGAGUGUCAAGGCCUACGAAGGAGUGUCAAGGCUCACGAAGGAGUGUCAAGGCCUACGAAGGAGUGUCAAGGCUCACGAAGGAGUGUCAAGGCUCACAAAGGAGUGUCAAGGCUCACGAAGAAGUGUCAAGGCCUACGAAGGAGUGUCAAGGCUCACGAAGGAGUGUCAAGGCCUACGAAGGAGUGUCAAGGCCUACGAAGGAGUGUAAAGGCUCACGAAGGAGUGUCAAGGCCUACGAAGGAGUGUCAAGGCUCACGAAGGAGUGUCAAGGCCUACGAAGGAGUGUCAAGGCUCACGAAGGAGCGCCAAGGCCUACGAAGGAGUGUCAAGGCUCACGAAGGAGUGUCAAGGCCUACGAAGGAGUGUCAAGGCUCACGAAGGAGUGUCAAGGCUCACAAAGGAGUGUCAAGGCUCACGAAGGAGUGCCAAGGCCUACGAAGGAGUGUCAAGGCUCACGAAGGAGUGUCAAGGCCUACGAAGGAGUGUCAAGGCCUACAAAGGAGUGUCAAGGCUCACGAAGGAGUGUUAAGGCUCACGAAGGAGUGUCAAGGCUCACGAAGGAGUGUCAAGGCUCACGAAGGAGUGCCAAGGCCUACGAAGGAGUGUCAAGGCUCACGAAGGAGUGUCAAAGCCUACGAAGGAGUGUCAAGGCUCACGAAGGAGUGUCAAGGCCUACGAAGGAGUGUCAAGGCUCAUGAAGGAGUGUUAAGGCUCACGAAGGAGUGUCAAGGCCUACGAAGGAGUGUCAAGGCCUACGAAGGAGUGUCAAGGCUCACGAAGGAGUGUCAAGGCUCACAAAGGAGUGUCAAGGCUCACGAAGGAGUGUCAAGGCCUACGAAGGAGUGUCAAGGCUCACGAAGGAGUGUCAAGGCUCACAAAGGAGUGUCAAGGCUCACGAAGGAGUGUCAAGGCUCACGAAGGAGUGUCAAGGCCUACGAAGGAGUGUCAAGGCUCACGAAGGAGUGUCAAGGCUCACGAAGGAGUGUCAAGGCCUACGAAGGAGUGUCAAGGCUCACGAAGGAGUGUCAAGGCCUACGAAGGAGUGUCAAGGCUCACGAAGGAGUGUCAAGGCCUACGAAGGAGUGUCAAGGCUCACGAAGGAGUGUCAAGGCUCACGAAGGAGUGUCAAGGCCUACGAAGGAGUGUCAAGGCUCACGAAGGAGUGUCAAGGCCUACGAAGGAGUGUCAAGGCUCACGAAGGAGUGUCAAGGCUCACGAAGGAGUGUCAAGGCUCACGAAGGAGUGCCAAGGCCUACGAAGGAGUGUCAAGGCUCACGAAGGAGUGUCAAAGCCUACGAAGGAGUGUCAAGGCUCACAAAGGAGUGUCAAGGCUCACGAAGGAGUGUCAAGGCCUACGAAGGAGUGUCAAGGCUCACGAAGGAGUGUCAAGGCUCACGAAGGAGUGUCAAGGCUCACGAAGGAGUGUCAAGGCUCACGAAGGAGUGUCAAGGCCUACGAAGGAGUGUCAAGGCUCACGAAGGAGUGUCAAGGCUCACAAAGGAGUGUCAAGGCUCACGAAGGAGUGCCAAGGCCUACGAAGGAGUGUCAAGGCUCACGAAGGAGUGUCAAGGCCUACGAAGGAGUGUCAAGGCCUACAAAGGAGUGUCAAGGCUCACGAAGGAGUGCUCACGAAGGAGUGUCAAGGCCUACGAAGGAGUGUCAAGGCCUACGAAGGAGUGUCAAGGCUCACGAAGGAGUGUCAAGGCUCACAAAGGAGUGUCAAGGCUCACGAAGGAGUGUCAAGGCCUACGAAGGAGUGUCAAGGCUCACGAAGGAGUGUCAAGGCUCACAAAGGAGUGUCAAGGCUCACGAAGGAGUGUCAAGGCUCACGAAGGAGUGUCAAGGCCUACGAAGGAGUGUCAAGGCUCACGAAGGAGUGUCAAGGCUCACGAAGGAGUGUCAAGGCCUACGAAGGAGUGUCAAGGCUCACGAAGGAGUGUCAAGGCCUACGAAGGAGUGUCAAGGCUCACGAAGGAGUGUCAAGGCCUACGAAGGAGUGUCAAGGCUCACGAAGGAGUGUCAAGGCUCACGAAGGAGUGUCAAGGCCUACGAAGGAGUGUCAAGGCUCACGAAGGAGUGUCAAGGCCUACGAAGGAGUGUGAAGGCUCACGAAGGAGUGUCAAGGCUCACGAAGGAGUGCCAAGGCCUACGAAGGAGUGUCAAGGCUCACGAAGGAGUGUCAAAGCCUACGAAGGAGUGUCAAGGCUCACGAAGGAGUGUCAAGGCCUACGAAGGAGUGUCAAGGCUCACGAAGGAGUGUCAAGGCUCACGAAGGAGUGUCAAGGCCUACGAAGGAGUGUCAAGGCUCACGAAGGAGUGUCAAGGCCUACGAAGGAGUGUCAAGGCUCACGAAGGAGUGUCAAGGCCUACGAAGGAGUGUCAAGGCUCACGAAGGAGUGUCAAGGCUCACGAAGGAGUGUCAAGGCCUACGAAGGAGAAUCAAGGCCUACGAAGGAGUGUCAAGGCUCACGAAGGAGUGUCAAGGCCUACGAAGGAGUGUCAAGGCUCACGAAGGAGUGUCAAGGCCUACGAAGGAGUGUCAAGGCUCACGAAGGAGUGUCAAGGCUCACAAAGGAGUGUCAAGGCUCACGAAGAAGUGUCAAGGCCUACGAAGGAGUGUCAAGGCUCACGAAGGAGUGUCAAGGCCUACGAAGGAGUGUCAAGGCUCACGAAGGAGUGUCAAGGCCUACGAAGGAGUGUCAAGGCUCACGAAGGAGUGUCAAGGCCUACGAAGGAGUGUCAAGGCUCACGAAGGAGUGUCAAGGCUCACAAAGGAGUGUCAAGGCUCACGAAGAAGUGUCAAGGCCUACGAAGGAGUGUCAAGGCUCACGAAGGAGUGUCAAGGCCUACGAAGGAGUGUCAAGGCCUACGAAGGAGUGUAAAGGCUCACGAAGGAGUGUCAAGGCCUACGAAGGAGUGUCAAGGCUCACGAAGGAGUGUCAAGGCCUACGAAGGAGUGUCAAGGCUCACGAAGGAGCGCCAAGGCCUACGAAGGAGUGUCAAGGCUCACGAAGGAGUGUCAAGGCCUACGAAGGAGUGUCAAGGCUCGCGAAGGAGUGCUCACGAAGGAGUGUCAAGGCCUACGAAGGAGUGUCAAGGCUCACGAAGGAGUGUCAAGGCUCACAAAGGAGUGUCAAGGCUCACGAAGGAGUGUCAAGGCCUACGAAGGAGUGUCAAGGCUCACGAAGGAGUGUCAAGGCCUACGAAGGAGUGUCAAGGCUCACGAAGGAGUGUCAAGGCUCACGAAGGAGUGUCAAGGCUCACGAAGGAGUGCCAAGGCCUACGAAGGAGUGUCAAGGCUCACGAAGGAGUGUCAAAGCCUACGAAGGAGUGUCAAGGCUCACGAAGGAGUGUCAAGGCCUACGAAGGAGUGUCAAGGCUCAUGAAGGAGUGUUAAGGCUCACGAAGGAGUGUCAAGGCCUACGAAGGAGUGUCAAGGCCUACGAAGGAGUGUCAAGGCUCACGAAGGAGUGUCAAGGCUCACAAAGGAGUGUCAAGGCUCACGAAGGAGUGUCAAGGCCUACGAAGGAGUGUCAAGGCUCACGAAGGAGUGUCAAGGCUCACAAAGGAGUGUCAAGGCUCACGAAGGAGUGUCAAGGCCUACGAAGGAGUGUCAAGGCUCACGAAGGAGUGUCAAGGCCUACGAAGGAGUGUCAAGGCUCACGAAGGAGUGUCAAGGCCUACGAAGGAGUGUCAAGGCUCACGAAGGAGUGUCAAGGCUCACGAAGGAGUGUCAAGGCCUACGAAGGAGAAUCAAGGCCUACGAAGGAGUGUCAAGGCUCACGAAGGAGUGUCAAGGCCUACGAAGGAGUGUCAAGGCUCACGAAGGAGUGUCAAGGCCUACGAAGGAGUGUCAAGGCUCACGAAGGAGUGUCAAGGCUCACAAAGGAGUGUCAAGGCUCACGAAGAAGUGUCAAGGCCUACGAAGGAGUGUCAAGGCUCACGAAGGAGUGUCAAGGCCUACGAAGGAGUGUCAAGACUCACGAAGGAGUGUCAAGGCACGAAGGAGUGUCAAGGCUCACGAAGGAGUGUCAAGGCCUACGAAGGAGUGUCAAGGCUCACGAAGGAGUGCCAAGGCCUACGAAGGAGUGUCAAGGCUCACGAAGGAGUGUCAAAGCCUACGAAGGAGUGUCAAGGCUCACGAAGGAGUGUCAAGGCCUACGAAGGAGUGUCAAGGCUCAUGAAGGAGUGUUAAGGCUCACGAAGGAGUGUCAAGGCCUACGAAGGAGUGUCAAGGCUCACGAAGGAGUGUCAAGGCUCACAAAGGAGUGUCAAGGCUCACGAAGGAGUGUCAAGGCCUACGAAGGAGUGUCAAGGCUCACGAAGGAGUGUCAAGGCUCACAAAGGAGUGUCAAGGCUCACGAAGGAGUGUCAAGGCCUACGAAGGAGUGUCAAGGCUCACGAAGGAGUGUCAAGGCCUACGAAGGAGUGUCAAGGCUCACGAAGGAGUGUCAAGGCCUACGAAGGAGUGUCAAGGCUCACGAAGGAGUGUCAAGGCCUACGAAGGAGUGUCAAGGCUCACGAAGGAGUGUCAAGGCUCACAAAGGAGUGUCAAGGCUCACGAAGAAGUGUCAAGGCCUACGAAGGAGUGUCAAGGCUCACGAAGGAGUGUCAAGGCCUACGAAGGAGUGUCAAGGCCUACGAAGGAGUGUAAAGGCUCACGAAGGAGUGUCAAGGCCUACGAAGGAGUGUCAAGGCUCACGAAGGAGUGUCAAGGCCUACGAAGGAGUGUCAAGGCUCACGAAGGAGCGCCAAGGCCUACGAAGGAGUGUCAAGGCUCACGAAGGAGUGUCAAGGCCUACGAAGGAGUGUCAAGGCUCACGAAGGAGUGUCAAGGCUCACAAAGGAGUGUCAAGGCUCACGAAGGAGUGCCAAGGCCUACGAAGGAGUGUCAAGGCUCACGAAGGAGUGUCAAGGCCUACGAAGGAGUGUCAAGGCCUACAAAGGAGUGUCAAGGCUCACGAAGGAGUGUUAAGGCUCACGAAGGAGUGUCAAGGCUCACGAAGGAGUGUCAAGGCUCACGAAGGAGUGCCAAGGCCUACGAAGGAGUGUCAAGGCUCACGAAGGAGUGUCAAAGCCUACGAAGGAGUGUCAAGGCUCACGAAGGAGUGUCAAGGCCUACGAAGGAGUGUCAAGGCUCAUGAAGGAGUGUUAAGGCUCACGAAGGAGUGUCAAGGCCUACGAAGGAGUGUCAAGGCCUACGAAGGAGUAUCAAGGCUCACGAAGGAGUGUCAAGGCUCACAAAGGAGUGUCAAGGCUCACGAAGGAGUGUCAAGGCCUACGAAGGAGUGUCAAGGCUCACGAAGGAGUGUCAAGGCUCACGAAGGAGUGUCAAGGCCUACGAAGGAGUGUCAAGGCUCACGAAGGAGUGUCAAGGCCUACGAAGGAGUGUCAAGGCUCACGAAGGAGUGUCAAGGCCUACGAAGGAGUGUCAAGGCUCACGAAGGAGUGUCAAGGCCUACGAAGGAGUGUCAAGGCUCACGAAGGAGUGUCAAGGCUCACGAAGGAGUGUCAAGGCCUACGAAGGAGAAUCAAGGCCUACGAAGGAGUGUCAAGGCUCACGAAGGAGUGUCAAGGCCUACGAAGGAGUGUCAAGGCUCACGAAGGAGUGUCAAGGCCUACGAAGGAGUGUCAAGGCUCACGAAGGAGUGUCAAGGCUCACAAAGGAGUGUCAAGGCUCACGAAGAAGUGUCAAGGCCUACGAAGGAGUGUCAAGGCUCACGAAGGAGUGUCAAGGCCUACGAAGGAGUGUCAAGGCUCACGAAGGAGUGUCAAGGCCUACGAAGGAGUGUCAAGGCUCACGAAGGAGUGUCAAGGCCUACGAAGGAGUGUCAAGGCUCACGAAGGAGUGUCAAGGCUCACAAAGGAGUGUCAAGGCUCACGAAGAAGUGUCAAGGCCUACGAAGGAGUGUCAAGGCUCACGAAGGAGUGUCAAGGCCUACGAAGGAGUGUCAAGGCCUACGAAGGAGUGUAAAGGCUCACGAAGGAGUGUCAAGGCCUACGAAGGAGUGUCAAGGCUCACGAAGGAGUGUCAAGGCCUACGAAGGAGUGUCAAGGCUCACGAAGGAGCGCCAAGGCCUACGAAGGAGUGUCAAGGCUCACGAAGGAGUGUCAAGGCCUACGAAGGAGUGUCAAGGCUCGCGAAGGAGUGUCAAGGCCUACGAAGGAGUGCCUACGAAGGAGUGUCAAGGCUCACGAAGGAGUGUCAAGGCUCACAAAGGAGUGUCAAGGCUCACGAAGGAGUGUCAAGGCCUACGAAGGAGUGUCAAGGCUCACGAAGGAGUGUCAAGGCCUACGAAGGAGUGUCAAGGCUCACGAAGGAGUGUCAAGGCCUACGAAGGAGUGUCAAGGCUCACGAAGGAGUGUCAAGGCUCACGAAGGAGUGUCAAGGCCUACGAAGGAGAAUCAAGGCCUACGAAGGAGUGUCAAGGCUCACGAAGGAGUGUCAAGGCCUACGAAGGAGUGUCAAGGCUCACGAAGGAGUGUCAAGGCUCACAAAGGAGUGUCAAGGCCUACGAAGGAGUGUCAAGGCUCGCGAAGGAGUGUCAAGGCCUACGAAGGAGUGUCAAGGCUCAUGAAGGAGUGUUAAGGCUCACGAAGGAGUGUCAAGGCCUACGAAGGAGUGUCAAGGCCUACGAAGGAGUGUCAAGGCUCACAAAGGAGUGUCAAGGCUCACGAAGGAGUGUCAAGGCCUACGAAGGAGUGUCAAGGCUCACGAAGGAGUGUCAAGGCCUACGAAGGAGUGUCAAGGCUCACGAAGGAGUGUCAAGGCUCACAAAGGAGUGUCAAGGCUCACGAAGGAGUGUCAAGGCCUACGAAGGAGUGUCAAGGCUCACGAAGGAGUGUCAAGGCUCACAAAGGAGUGUCAAGGCUCACGAAGGAGUGUCAAGGCCUACGAAGGAGUGUCAAGGCUCACGAAGGAGUGUCAAGGCCUACGAAGGAGUGUCAAGGCUCACGAAGGAGUGUCAAGGCCUACGAAGGAGUGUCAAGGCUCACGAAGGAGUGUCAAGGCUCACGAAGGAGUGUCAAGGCCUACGAAGGAGUGUCAAGGCUCACGAAGGAGUGUCAAGGCUCACGAAGGAGUGUCAAGGCCUACGAAGGAGAAUCAAGGCCUACGAAGGAGUGUCAAGGCUCACGAAGGAGUGUCAAGGCCUACGAAGGAGUGUCAAGGCUCACGAAGGAGUGUCAAGGCCUACGAAGGAGUGUCAAGGCUCACGAAGGAGUGUCAAGGCUCACAAAGGAGUGUCAAGGCUCACGAAGAAGUGUCAAGGCCUACGAAGGAGUGUCAAGGCUCACGAAGGAGUGUCAAGGCCUACGAAGGAGUGUCAAGGCUCACGAAGGAGUGUCAAGGCCUACGAAGGAGUGUCAAGGCUCACGAAGGAGUGUCAAGGCCUACGAAGGAGUGUCAAGGCUCACGAAGGAGUGUCAAGGCUCACAAAGGAGUGUCAAGGCUCACGAAGAAGUGUCAAGGCCUACGAAGGAGUGUCAAGGCUCACGAAGGAGUGUCAAGGCCUACGAAGGAGUGUCAAGGCCUACGAAGGAGUGCCUACGAAGGAGUGUCAAGGCUCACGAAGGAGUGUCAAGGCUCACAAAGGAGUGUCAAGGCUCACGAAGGAGUGUCAAGGCCUACGAAGGAGUGUCAAGGCUCACGAAGGAGUGUCAAGGCCUACGAAGGAGUGUCAAGGCUCACGAAGGAGUGUCAAGGCCUACGAAGGAGUGUCAAGGCUCACGAAGGAGUGUCAAGGCUCACGAAGGAGUGUCAAGGCCUACGAAGGAGAAUCAAGGCCUACGAAGGAGUGUCAAGGCUCACGAAGGAGUGUCAAGGCCUACGAAGGAGUGUCAAGGCUCACGAAGGAGUGUCAAGGCCUACGAAGGAGUGUCAAGGCUCACGAAGGAGUGUCAAGGCUCACAAAGGAGUGUCAAGGCUCACGAAGAAGUGUCAAGGCCUACGAAGGAGUGUCAAGGCUCACGAAGGAGUGUCAAGGCCUACGAAGGAGUGUCAAGGCUCACGAAGGAGUGUCAAGGCCUACGAAGGAGUGUCAAGGCUCACGAAGGAGUGUCAAGGCCUACGAAGGAGUGUCAAGGCUCACGAAGGAGUGUCAAGGCUCACAAAGGAGUGUCAAGGCUCACGAAGAAGUGUCAAGGCCUACGAAGGAGUGUCAAGGCUCACGAAGGAGUGUCAAGGCCUACGAAGGAGUGUCAAGGCCUACGAAGGAGUGUAAAGGCUCACGAAGGAGUGUCAAGGCCUACGAAGGAGUGUCAAGGCUCACGAAGGAGUGUCAAGGCCUACGAAGGAGUGUCAAGGCUCACGAAGGAGCGCCAAGGCCUACGAAGGAGUGUCAAGGCUCACGAAGGAGUGUCAAGGCCUACGAAGGAGUGUCAAGGCUCGCGAAGGAGUGUCAAGGCCUACGAAGGAGUGUCAAGGCUCAUGAAGGAGUGUUAAGGCUCACGAAGGAGUGUCAAGGCCUACGAAGGAGUGUCAAGGCUCACGAAGGAGUGUCAAGGCUCACAAAGGAGUGUCAAGGCUCACGAAGGAGUGUCAAGGCCUACGAAGGAGUGUCAAGGCUCACGAAGGAGUGUCAAGGCCUACGAAGGAGUGUCAAGGCUCACGAAGGAGUGUCAAGGCCUACGAAGGAGUGUCAAGGCUCACGAAGGAGUGUCAAGGCUCACGAAGGAGUGUCAAGGCCUACGAAGGAGAAUCAAGGCCUACGAAGGAGUGUCAAGGCUCACGAAGGAGUGUCAAGGCCUACGAAGGAGUGUCAAGGCUCACGAAGGAGUGUCAAGGCUCACAAAGGAGUGUCAAGGCCUACGAAGGAGUGCUCACGAAGGAGUGUCAAGGCCUACGAAGGAGUGUCAAGGCCUACGAAGGAGUGUCAAGGCUCACAAAGGAGUGUCAAGGCUCACGAAGGAGUGUCAAGGCCUACGAAGGAGUGUCAAGGCUCACGAAGGAGUGUCAAGGCCUACGAAGGAGUGUCAAGGCUCACGAAGGAGUGUCAAGGCUCACAAAGGAGUGUCAAGGCUCACGAAGGAGUGUCAAGGCCUACGAAGGAGUGUCAAGGCUCACGAAGGAGUGUCAAGGCUCACAAAGGAGUGUCAAGGCUCACGAAGGAGUGUCAAGGCCUACGAAGGAGUGUCAAGGCUCACGAAGGAGUGUCAAGGCCUACGAAGGAGUGUCAAGGCUCACGAAGGAGUGUCAAGGCCUACGAAGGAGUGUCAAGGCUCACGAAGGAGUGUCAAGGCUCACGAAGGAGUGUCAAGGCCUACGAAGGAGAAUCAAGGCCUACGAAGGAGUGUCAAGGCUCACGAAGGAGUGUCAAGGCCUACGAAGGAGUGUCAAGGCUCACGAAGGAGUGUCAAGGCCUACGAAGGAGUGUCAAGGCUCACGAAGGAGUGUCAAGGCUCACAAAGGAGUGUCAAGGCUCACGAAGAAGUGUCAAGGCCUACGAAGGAGUGUCAAGGCUCACGAAGGAGUGUCAAGGCCUACGAAGGAGUGUCAAGACUCACGAAGGAGUGUCAAGGCACGAAGGAGUGUCAAGGCUCACGAAGGAGUGUCAAGGCCUACGAAGGAGUGUCAAGGCUCACGAAGGAGUGCCAAGGCCUACGAAGGAGUGUCAAGGCUCACGAAGGAGUGUCAAAUCCUACGAAGGAGUGUCAAGGCUCACGAAGGAGUGUCAAGGCCUACGAAGGAGUGUCAAGGCUCAUGAAGGAGUGUUAAGGCUCACGAAGGAGUGUCAAGGCCUACGAAGGAGUGUCAAGGCCUACGAAGGAGUGUCAAGGCUCACGAAGGAGUGUCAAGGCUCACAAAGGAGUGUCAAGGCUCACGAAGGAGUGUCAAGGCACGAAGGAGUGUCAAGGCUCACAAAGGAGUGUCAAGGCUCACGAAGGAGUGUCAAGGCCUACGAAGGAGUGUCAAGGCUCACGAAGGAGUGUCAAGGCUCACAAAGGAGUGUCAAGGCUCACGAAGGAGUGUCAAGGCCUACGAAGGAGUGUCAAGGCUCACGAAGGAGUGUCAAGGCCUACGAAGGAGUGUCAAGGCUCACGAAGGAGUGUCAAGGCCUACGAAGGAGUGUCAAGGCUCACGAAGGAGUGUCAAGGCUCACGAAGGAGUGUCAAGGCCUACGAAGGAGAAUCAAGGCCUACGAAGGAGUGUCAAGGCUCACGAAGGAGUGUCAAGGCCUACGAAGGAGUGUCAAGGCUCACGAAGGAGUGUCAAGGCCUACGAAGGAGUGUCAAGGCUCACGAAGGAGUGUCAAGGCUCACAAAGGAGUGUCAAGGCUCACGAAGAAGUGUCAAGGCCUACGAAGGAGUGUCAAGGCUCACGAAGGAGUGUCAAGGCCUACGAAGGAGUGUCAAGACUCACGAAGGAGUGUCAAGGCACGAAGGAGUGUCAAGGCUCACGAAGGAGUGUCAAGGCCUACGAAGGAGUGUCAAGGCUCACGAAGGAGUGCCAAGGCCUACGAAGGAGUGUCAAGGCUCACGAAGGAGUGUCAAAUCCUACGAAGGAGUGUCAAGGCUCACGAAGGAGUGCCUACGAAGGAGUGUCAAGGCCUACGAAGGAGUGUCAAGGCUCACGAAGGAGUGUCAAGGCUCACAAAGGAGUGUCAAGGCUCACGAAGGAGUGUCAAGGCCUACGAAGGAGUGUCAAGGCUCACGAAGGAGUGUCAAGGCUCACAAAGGAGUGUCAAGGCUCACGAAGGAGUGUCAAGGCCUACGAAGGAGUGUCAAGGCUCACGAAGGAGUGUCAAGGCCUACGAAGGAGUGUCAAGGCUCACGAAGGAGUGUCAAGGCCUACGAAGGAGUGUCAAGGCUCACGAAGGAGUGUCAAGGCCUACGAAGGAGUGUCAAGGCUCACGAAGGAGUGUCAAGGCUCACAAAGGAGUGUCAAGGCUCACGAAGAAGUGUCAAGGCCUACGAAGGAGUGUCAAGGCUCACGAAGGAGUGUCAAGGCCUACGAAGGAGUGUCAAGGCCUACGAAGGAGUGUAAAGGCUCACGAAGGAGUGUCAAGGCCUACGAAGGAGUGUCAAGGCUCACGAAGGAGUGUCAAGGCCUACGAAGGAGUGUCAAGGCUCACGAAGGAGCGCCAAGGCCUACGAAGGAGUGUCAAGGCUCACGAAGGAGUGUCAAGGCCUACGAAGGAGUGUCAAGGCUCACGAAGGAGUGUCAAGGCUCACAAAGGAGUGUCAAGGCUCACGAAGGAGUGCCAAGGCCUACGAAGGAGUGUCAAGGCUCACGAAGGAGUGUCAAGGCCUACGAAGGAGUGUCAAGGCCUACAAAGGAGUGUCAAGGCUCACGAAGGAGUGUUAAGGCUCACGAAGGAGUGUCAAGGCUCACGAAGGAGUGUCAAGGCUCACGAAGGAGUGCCAAGGCCUACGAAGGAGUGUCAAGGCUCACGAAGGAGUGUCAAAGCCUACGAAGGAGUGUCAAGGCUCACGAAGGAGUGUCAAGGCCUACGAAGGAGUGUCAAGGCUCAUGAAGGAGUGUUAAGGCUCACGAAGGAGUGUCAAGGCCUACGAAGGAGUGUCAAGGCCUACGAAGGAGUGUCAAGGCUCACGAAGGAGUGUCAAGGCUCACAAAGGAGUGUCAAGGCUCACGAAGGAGUGUCAAGGCCUACGAAGGAGUGUCAAGGCUCACGAAGGAGUGUCAAGGCUCACGAAGGAGUGUCAAGGCCUACGAAGGAGUGUCAAGGCUCACGAAGGAGUGUCAAGGCUCACGAAGGAGUGUCAAGGCCUACGAAGGAGUGUCAAGGCUCACGAAGGAGUGUCAAGGCCUACGAAGGAGUGUCAAGGCUCACGAAGGAGUGUCAAGGCCUACGAAGGAGUGUCAAGGCUCACGAAGGAGUGUCAAGGCUCACGAAGGAGUGUCAAGGCCUACGAAGGAGAAUCAAGGCCUACGAAGGAGUGUCAAGGCUCACGAAGGAGUGUCAAGGCCUACGAAGGAGUGUCAAGGCUCACGAAGGAGUGUCAAGGCCUACGAAGGAGUGUCAAGGCUCACGAAGGAGUGUCAAGGCUCACAAAGGAGUGUCAAGGCUCACGAAGAAGUGUCAAGGCCUACGAAGGAGUGUCAAGGCUCACGAAGGAGUGUCAAGGCCUACGAAGGAGUGUCAAGGCUCACGAAGGAGUGUCAAGGCCUACGAAGGAGUGUCAAGGCUCACGAAGGAGUGUCAAGGCCUACGAAGGAGUGUCAAGGCUCACGAAGGAGUGUCAAGGCUCACAAAGGAGUGUCAAGGCUCACGAAGAAGUGUCAAGGCCUACGAAGGAGUGUCAAGGCUCACGAAGGAGUGUCAAGGCCUACGAAGGAGUGUCAAGGCCUACGAAGGAGUGCUCACGAAGGAGUGUCAAGGCCUACGAAGGAGUGUCAAGGCUCACGAAGGAGCGCCAAGGCCUACGAAGGAGUGUCAAGGCUCACGAAGGAGUGUCAAGGCCUACGAAGGAGUGUCAAGGCUCGCGAAGGAGUGCUCACGAAGGAGUGUCAAGGCCUACGAAGGAGUGUCAAGGCUCACGAAGGAGUGUCAAGGCUCACAAAGGAGUGUCAAGGCUCACGAAGGAGUGUCAAGGCCUACGAAGGAGUGUCAAGGCUCACGAAGGAGUGUCAAGGCCUACGAAGGAGUGUCAAGGCUCACGAAGGAGUGUCAAGGCUCACGAAGGAGUGUCAAGGCUCACGAAGGAGUGCCAAGGCCUACGAAGGAGUGUCAAGGCUCACGAAGGAGUGUCAAAGCCUACGAAGGAGUGUCAAGGCUCACGAAGGAGUGUCAAGGCCUACGAAGGAGUGUCAAGGCUCAUGAAGGAGUGUUAAGGCUCACGAAGGAGUGUCAAGGCCUACGAAGGAGUGUCAAGGCCUACGAAGGAGUGUCAAGGCUCACGAAGGAGUGUCAAGGCUCACAAAGGAGUGUCAAGGCUCACGAAGGAGUGUCAAGGCCUACGAAGGAGUGUCAAGGCUCACGAAGGAGUGUCAAGGCUCACAAAGGAGUGUCAAGGCUCACGAAGGAGUGUCAAGGCCUACGAAGGAGUGUCAAGGCUCACGAAGGAGUGUCAAGGCCUACGAAGGAGUGUCAAGGCUCACGAAGGAGUGUCAAGGCCUACGAAGGAGUGUCAAGGCUCACGAAGGAGUGUCAAGGCUCACGAAGGAGUGUCAAGGCCUACGAAGGAGAAUCAAGGCCUACGAAGGAGUGUCAAGGCUCACGAAGGAGUGUCAAGGCCUACGAAGGAGUGCCAAGGCUCACGAAGGAGUGUCAAGGCCUACGAAGGAGUGUCAAGGCUCACGAAGGAGUGUCAAGGCUCACAAAGGAGUGUCAAGGCUCACGAAGAAGUGUCAAGGCCUACGAAGGAGUGUCAAGGCUCACGAAGGAGUGUCAAGGCCUACGAAGGAGUGUCAAGGCUCACGAAGGAGUGUCAAGGCCUACGAAGGAGUGUCAAGGCUCACGAAGGAGUGUCAAGGCCUACGAAGGAGUGUCAAGGCUCACGAAGGAGUGUCAAGGCCUACGAAGGAGUGUCAAGGCUCACGAAGGAGUGUCAAGGCUCACAAAGGAGUGUCAAGGCCUACGAAGGAGUGUCAAGGCCUACGAAGGAGUGUCAAGGCUCACGAAGGAGUGUCAAGGCUCACAAAGGAGUGUCAAGGCUCACGAAGGAGUGUCAAGGCUCAUGAAGGAGUGUCAAGGCCUACGAAGGAGUGUCAAGGCCUACGAAGGAGUGUCAAGGCUCACGAAGGAGUGUCAAGGCUCACGAAGGAGUGUCAAGGCUCACGAAGGAGUGUCAAGGCUCACGAAGGAGUGUCAAGGCUCACGAAGGAGUGCCAAGGCCUACGAAGGAGUGUCAAGGCUCACGAAGGAGUGUCAAGGCCUACGAAGGAGUGUCAAGGCUCACGAAGGAGUGUCAAGGCCUACGAAGGAGUGUCAAGGCUCACGAAGGAGUGUCAAGGCUCACGAAGGAGUGUCAAGGCCUACGAAGGAGAGUCAAAGCCUACGAAGGAGUGUCAAGGCUCACGAAGGAGUGUCAAGGCCUACGAAGGAGUGUCAAGGCUCACGAAGGAGUGUCAAGGCCUACGAAGGAGUGUCAAGGCUCACGAAGGAGUGCUCACGAAGGAGUGUCAAGGCCUACGAAGGAGUGUCAAGGCUCACGAAGGAGUGUCAAGGCCUACGAAGGAGUGUCAAGGCUCACGAAGGAGUGUCAAGGCCUACGAAGGAGUGUCAAGGCUCACGAAGGAGUGUCAAGGCUCACAAAGGAGUGUCAAGGCCUACGAAGGAGUGUCAAGGCCUACGAAGGAGUGUCAAGGCUCACGAAGGAGUGUCAAGGCUCACAAAGGAGUGUCAAGGCUCACGAAGGAGUGUCAAGGCUCAUGAAGGAGUGUCAAGGCCUACGAAGGAGUGUCAAGGCCUACGAAGGAGUGUCAAGGCUCACGAAGGAGUGUCAAGGCUCACGAAGGAGUGUCAAGGCUCACGAAGGAGUGUCAAGGCUCACGAAGGAGUGUCAAGGCUCACGAAGGAGUGCCAAGGCCUACGAAGGAGUGUCAAGGCUCACGAAGGAGUGUCAAGGCCUACGAAGGAGUGUCAAGGCUCACGAAGGAGUGUCAAGGCUCACGAAGGAGUGUCAAGGCCUACGAAGGAGUGUCAAGGCUCACGAAGGAGUGUCAAGGCCUACGAAGGAGUGUCAAGGCUCACGAAGGAGUGUCAAGGCCUACGAAGGAGUGUCAAGGCUCACGAAGGAGUGUCAAGGCUCACAAAGGAGUGUCAAGGCCUACGAAGGAGUGUCAAGGCCUACGAAGGAGUGUCAAGGCUCACGAAGGAGUGUCAAGGCUCACAAAGGAGUGUCAAGGCUCACGAAGGAGUGUCAAGGCUCAUGAAGGAGUGUCAAGGCCUACGAAGGAGUGUCAAGGCCUACGAAGGAGUGUCAAGGCUCACGAAGGAGUGUCAAGGCUCACGAAGGAGUGUCAAGGCUCACGAAGGAGUGUCAAGGCUCACGAAGGAGUGUCAAGGCUCACGAAGGAGUGCCAAGGCCUACGAAGGAGUGUCAAGGCUCACGAAGGAGUGUCAAGGCCUACGAAGGAGUGUCAAGGCUCACGAAGGAGUGUCAAGGCCUACGAAGGAGUGUCAAGGCUCACGAAGGAGUGUCAAGGCUCACGAAGGAGUGUCAAGGCCUACGAAGGAGAGUCAAAGCCUACGAAGGAGUGUCAAGGCUCACGAAGGAGUGUCAAGGCCUACGAAGGAGUGUCAAGGCUCACGAAGGAGUGUCAAGGCCUACGAAGGAGUGUCAAGGCUCACGAAGGAGUGUCAAGGCCUACGAAGGAGUGUCAAGGCUCACGAAGGAGUGCCUACGAAGGAGUGUCAAGGCUCACGAAGGAGUGUCAAGGCCUACGAAGGAGUGUCAAGGCUCACGAAGGAGUGUCAAGGCCUACGAAGGAGUGUCAAGGCUCACGAAGGAGUGUCAAGGCUCACAAAGGAGUGUCAAGGCCUACGAAGGAGUGUCAAGGCCUACGAAGGAGUGUCAAGGCUCACGAAGGAGUGUCAAGGCUCACAAAGGAGUGUCAAGGCUCACGAAGGAGUGUCAAGGCUCAUGAAGGAGUGUCAAGGCCUACGAAGGAGUGUCAAGGCCUACGAAGGAGUGUCAAGGCUCACGAAGGAGUGUCAAGGCUCACGAAGGAGUGUCAAGGCUCACGAAGGAGUGUCAAGGCUCACGAAGGAGUGUCAAGGCUCACGAAGGAGUGCCAAGGCCUACGAAGGAGUGUCAAGGCUCACGAAGGAGUGUCAAGGCCUACGAAGGAGUGUCAAGGCUCACGAAGGAGUGUCAAGGCCUACGAAGGAGUGUCAAGGCUCACGAAGGAGUGUCAAGGCUCACGAAGGAGUGUCAAGGCCUACGAAGGAGAGUCAAAGCCUACGAAGGAGUGUCAAGGCUCACGAAGGAGUGUCAAGGCCUACGAAGGAGUGUCAAGGCUCACGAAGGAGUGUCAAGGCCUACGAAGGAGUGUCAAGGCUCACGAAGGAGUGUCAAGGCCUACGAAGGAGUGUCAAGGCUCACGAAGGAGUGUCAAGGCUCACAAAGGAGUGUCAAGGCCUACGAAGGAGUGUCAAGGCCUACGAAGGAGUGUCAAGGCUCACGAAGGAGUGUCAAGGCUCACAAAGGAGUGUCAAGGCUCACGAAGGAGUGUCAAGGCUCACGAAGGAGUGUCAAGGCCUACGAAGGAGUGUCAAGGCCUACGAAGGAGUGUCAAGGCUCACGAAGGAGUGUCAAGGCUCACGAAGGAGUGUCAAGGCUCACGAAGGAGUGUCAAGGCUCACGAAGGAGUGUCAAGGCUCACGAAGGAGUGUCAAGGCCUACGAAGGAGUGUCAAGGCCUACGAAGGAGUGUCAAGGCUCACGAAGGAGUGUCAAGGCUCACGAAGGAGUGUCAAGGCUCACGAAGGAGUGCCAAGGCCUACGAAGGAGUGUCAAGGCUCACGAAGGAGUGUCAAGGCCUACGAAGGAGUGUCAAGGCUCACGAAGGAGUGUCAAGGCCUACGAAGGAGUGUCAAGGCUCACGAAGGAGUGCCAAUGCUCUCGAAAGAGUGUCAAGGCCUACGAAGGAGAGUUAAGACCUACGAAGGAGUGUCAAGGCUCACGAAGGAGUGUCAAGGCCUACGAAGGAGUGUCAAGGCUCACGAAGGAGUGUCAAGGCCUACGAAGGAGUGUCAAGGCUCACGAAAGAGUGUCAAGACCUACGAAGGAGUGUCAAGGCUCACGAAGGAGUGUCAAGGCUCAAGAAGGAGUGUCAAGGCCUACGAAGGAGUGUCAAGGCUCACGAAGGAGUGUCAAGGCUCACGAAGGAGUGUCAAGGCCUACGAAGGAGUGUCAAGGCUCACGAAGGAGUGUCAAGGCCUACGAAGGAGUGUCAAGGCUCACGAAGGAGUGUCAAGGCCUACGAAGGAGUGUCAAGGCUCACGAAGGAGUGUCAAGGCCUACGAAGGAGUGUCAAGGCUCACGAAGGAGUGUCAAGGCUCACAAAGGAGUGUCAAGGCCUACGAAGGAGUGUCAAGGCCUACGAAGGAGUGUCAAGGCUCACGAAGGAGUGUCAAGGCUCACAAAGGAGUGUCAAGGCUCACGAAGGAGUGUCAAGGCUCACGAAGGAGUGUCAAGGCCUACGAAGGAGUGUCAAGGCCUACGAAGGAGUGUCAAGGCUCACGAAGGAGUGUCAAGGCUCACGAAGGAGUGUCAAGGCUCACGAAGGAGUGUCAAGGCUCACGAAGGAGUGUCAAGGCUCACGAAGGAGUGUCAAGGCCUACGAAGGAGUGUCAAGGCCUACGAAGGAGUGUCAAGGCUCACGAAGGAGUGUCAAGGCUCACGAAGGAGUGUCAAGGCUCACGAAGGAGUGCCAAGGCCUACGAAGGAGUGUCAAGGCUCACGAAGGAGUGUCAAGGCCUACGAAGGAGUGUCAAGGCUCACGAAGGAGUGUCAAGGCCUACGAAGGAGUGUCAAGGCUCACGAAGGAGUGCCAAUGCUCUCGAAAGAGUGUCAAGGCCUACGAAGGAGAGUUAAGACCUACGAAGGAGUGUCAAGGCUCACGAAGGAGUGUCAAGGCCUACGAAGGAGUGUCAAGGCUCACGAAGGAGUGUCAAGGCCUACGAAGGAGUGUCAAGGCUCACGAAAGAGUGUCAAGACCUACGAAGGAGUGUCAAGGCUCACGAAGGAGUGUCAAGGCUCAAGAAGGAGUGUCAAGGCCUACGAAGGAGUGUCAAGGCUCACGAAGGAGUGUCAAGGCUCACGAAGGAGUGUCAAGGCCUACGAAGGAGUGUCAAGGCUCACGAAGGAGUGUCAAGGCCUACGAAGGAGUGUCAAGGCUCACGAAGGAGUGUCAAGGCCUACGAAGGAGUGUCAAGGCCUACGAAGGAGUGUCAAGGCUCACGAAGGAGUGUCAAGGCCUACGAAGGAGUGUCAAGGCCUACGAAGGAGUGUCAAGGCUCACGAAGGAGUGUCAAGGCCUACGAAGGAGUGUCAAGGCUCACGAAGGAGUGUCAAGGCUCACAAAGGAGUGUCAAGGCCUACGAAGGAGUGUCAAGGCCUACGAAGGAGUGUCAAGGCUCACGAAGGAGUGUCAAGGCUCACGAAGGAGUGCCAAGGCCUACGAAGGAGUGCCAAGGCUCACGAAGGAGUGUCAAGGCCUACGAAGGAGUGUCAAGGCUCACGAAGGAGUGUCAAGGCUCACGAAGGAGUGUCAAGGCCUACGAAGGAGUGUCAAGGCUCACGAAGGAGUGUCAAGGCCUACGAAGGAGUGUCAAGGCUCACGAAGGAGUGUCAAGGCCUACGAAGGAGUGUCAAGGCUCACGAAGGAGUGUCAAGGCUCACAAAGGAGUGUCAAGGCCUACGAAGGAGUGUCAAGGCCUACGAAGGAGUGUCAAGGCUCACGAAGGAGUGUCAAGGCUCACAAAGGAGUGUCAAGGCUCACGAAGGAGUGUCAAGGCUCACGAAGGAGUGUCAAGGCCUACGAAGGAGUGUCAAGGCCUACGAAGGAGUGUCAAGGCUCACGAAGGAGUGUCAAGGCUCACGAAGGAGUGUCAAGGCUCACGAAGGAGUGUCAAGGCUCACGAAGGAGUGUCAAGGCUCACGAAGGAGUGUCAAGGCCUACGAAGGAGUGUCAAGGCCUACGAAGGAGUGUCAAGGCUCACGAAGGAGUGUCAAGGCUCACGAAGGAGUGUCAAGGCUCACGAAGGAGUGCCAAGGCCUACGAAGGAGUGUCAAGGCUCACGAAGGAGUGUCAAGGCCUACGAAGGAGUGUCAAGGCUCACGAAGGAGUGUCAAGGCCUACGAAGGAGUGUCAAGGCUCACGAAGGAGUGCCAAUGCUCUCGAAAGAGUGUCAAGGCCUACGAAGGAGAGUUAAGACCUACGAAGGAGUGUCAAGGCUCACGAAGGAGUGUCAAGGCCUACGAAGGAGUGUCAAGGCUCACGAAGGAGUGUCAAGGCCUACGAAGGAGUGUCAAGGCUCACGAAAGAGUGUCAAGACCUACGAAGGAGUGUCAAGGCUCACGAAGGAGUGUCAAGGCUCAAGAAGGAGUGUCAAGGCCUACGAAGGAGUGUCAAGGCUCACGAAGGAGUGUCAAGGCUCACGAAGGAGUGUCAAGGCCUACGAAGGAGUGUCAAGGCUCACGAAGGAGUGUCAAGGCCUACGAAGGAGUGUCAAGGCUCACGAAGGAGUGUCAAGGCCUACGAAGGAGUGUCAAGGCCUACGAAGGAGUGUCAAGGCUCACGAAGGAGUGUCAAGGCCUACGAAGGAGUGUCAAGGCCUACGAAGGAGUGUCAAGGCUCACGAAGGAGUGUCAAGGCCUACGAAGGAGUGUCAAGGCUCACGAAGGAGUGCCAAGGCCUACGAAGGAGUGUCAAGGCUCACGAAGGAGUGUCAAGGCCUACGAAGGAGUGUCAAGGCUCACGAAGGAGUGUCAAGGCCUACGAAGGAGUGUCAAGGCUCAUGAAGGAGUGUUAAGGCUCACGAAGGAGUGUCAAGGCCUACGAAGGAGUGUCAAGGCUCACGAAGGAGUGCCAAGGCUCACAAAGGAGUGUCAAGGCUCACGAAGGAGUGUCAAGGCCUACGAAGGAGUGUCAAGGCUCACGAAGGAGUGUCAAGGCCUACGAAGGAGUGUCAAGGCUCACGAAGGAGUGUCAAGGCCUACGAAGGAGUGUCAAGGCUCACGAAGGAGUGUCAAGGCUCACAAAGGAGUGUCAAGGCCUACGAAGGAGUGUCAAGGCCUACGAAGGAGUGUCAAGGCUCACGAAGGAGUGUCAAGGCUCACAAAGGAGUGUCAAGGCUCACGAAGGAGUGUCAAGGCUCACGAAGGAGUGUCAAGGCCUACGAAGGAGUGUCAAGGCCUACGAAGGAGUGUCAAGGCUCACGAAGGAGUGUCAAGGCUCACGAAGGAGUGUCAAGGCUCACGAAGGAGUGUCAAGGCUCACGAAGGAGUGUCAAGGCUCACGAAGGAGUGUCAAGGCCUACGAAGGAGUGUCAAGGCCUACGAAGGAGUGUCAAGGCUCACGAAGGAGUGUCAAGGCUCACGAAGGAGUGUCAAGGCUCACGAAGGAGUGCCAAGGCCUACGAAGGAGUGUCAAGGCUCACGAAGGAGUGUCAAGGCCUACGAAGGAGUGUCAAGGCUCACGAAGGAGUGUCAAGGCCUACGAAGGAGUGUCAAGGCUCACGAAGGAGUGCCAAUGCUCUCGAAAGAGUGUCAAGGCCUACGAAGGAGAGUUAAGACCUACGAAGGAGUGUCAAGGCUCACGAAGGAGUGUCAAGGCCUACGAAGGAGUGUCAAGGCUCACGAAGGAGUGUCAAGGCCUACGAAGGAGUGUCAAGGCUCACGAAAGAGUGUCAAGACCUACGAAGGAGUGUCAAGGCUCACGAAGGAGUGUCAAGGCUCAAGAAGGAGUGUCAAGGCCUACGAAGGAGUGUCAAGGCUCACGAAGGAGUGUCAAGGCUCACGAAGGAGUGUCAAGGCCUACGAAGGAGUGUCAAGGCUCACGAAGGAGUGUCAAGGCCUACGAAGGAGUGUCAAGGCUCACGAAGGAGUGUCAAGGCCUACGAAGGAGUGUCAAGGCCUACGAAGGAGUGUCAAGGCUCACGAAGGAGUGUCAAGGCCUACGAAGGAGUGUCAAGGCCUACGAAGGAGUGUCAAGGCUCACGAAGGAGUGUCAAGGCCUACGAAGGAGUGUCAAGGCUCACGAAGGAGUGCCAAGGCCUACGAAGGAGUGUCAAGGCUCACGAAGGAGUGCUCACGAAGGAGUGUCAAGGCCUACGAAGGAGUGUCAAGGCUCACGAAGGAGUGCCAAGGCUCACAAAGGAGUGUCAAGGCUCACGAAGGAGUGUCAAGGCCUACGAAGGAGUGUCAAGGCUCACGAAGGAGUGUCAAGGCCUACGAAGGAGUGUCAAGGCUCACGAAGGAGUGUCAAGGCUCACGAAGGAGUGUCAAGGCUCACGAAGGAGUGCCAAGGCCUACGAAGGAGUGUCAAGGCUCACGAAGGAGUGUCAAAGCCUACGAAGGAGUGUCAAGGCUCACGAAGGAGUGUCAAGGCCUACGAAGGAGUGUCAAGGCUCAUGAAGGAGUGUUAAGGCUCACGAAGGAGUGUCAAGGCCUACGAAGGAGUGUCAAGGCCUACGAAGGAGUGUCAAGGCUCACGAAGGAGUGUCAAGGCUCACAAAGGAGUGUCAAGGCUCACGAAGGAGUGUCAAGGCCUACGAAGGAGUGUCAAGGCUCACGAAGGAGUGUCAAGGCCUACGAAGGAGUGUCAAGGCUCACGAAGGAGUGUCAAGGCCUACGAAGGAGUGUCAAGGCUCACGAAGGAGUGUCAAGGCUCACGAAGGAGUGUCAAGGCCUACGAAGGAGAGUCAAGGCCUACGAAGGAGUGUCAAGGCCUACGAAGGAGUGUCAAGGCUCACGAAGGAGUGUCAAGGCCUACGAAGGAGUGUCAAGGCUCACGAAGGAGUGUCAAGGCUCACGAAGGAGUGUCAAUGCUCACGAAGGAGUGUCAAGGCUCACGAAGGAGUGUCAAGGCCUACGAAGGAGUGUCAAGGCCUACGAAGGAGUGUCAAGGCUCACAAAGGAGUGUCAAGGCCUACGAAGGAGUGUCAAGGCUCACGAAGGAGUGUCAAGGCUCACGAAGGAGUGUCAAGGCUCACGAAGGAGUGCCAAGGCCUACGAAGGAGUGUCAAGGCUCACGAAGGAGUGUCAAGGCCUACGAAGGAGUGUCAAGGCCUACGAAGGAGUGUCAAGGCUCACGAAGGAGUGUCAAGGCCUACGAAGGAGUGUCAAGGCUCACGAAGGAGUGUCAAGGCCUACGAAGGAGUGUCAAGGCUCACGAAGGAGUGUCAAGGCCUACGAAGGAGAGUCAAGGCCUACGAAGGAGUGUCAAGGCUCACGAAGGAGUGUCAAGGCUCACGAAGGAGUGUCAAGGCCUACGAAGGAGUGUCAAGGCUCACGAAGGAGUGUCAAGGCCUACGAAGGAGUGUCAAGGCUCACGAAGGAGUGUCAAGGCUCACGAAGGAGUGUCAAGGCCUACGAAGGAGAGUCAAGGCCUACGAAGGAGUGUCAAGGCUCACGAAGGAGUGUCAAGGCCUACGAAGGAGUGUCAAGGCUCACAAAGGAGUGUCAAGGCCUACGAAGGAGUGUCAAGGCCUACGAAGGAGUGUCAAGGCUCACGAAGGAGUGUCAAGGCCUACGAAGGAGUGUCAAGGCCUACGAAGGAGUGUCAAGGCUCACGAAGGAGUGUCAAGGCUCACGAAGGAGUGUCAAUGCUCACGAAGGAGUGUCAGGGCUCACGAAGGAGUGUCAAGGCCUACGAAGGAGUGUCAAGGCCUACGAAGGAGUGUCAAGGCUCACGAAGGAGUGUCAAGGCCUACGAAGGAGUGUCAAGGCUCACGAAGGAGUGUCAAGGCUCACGAAGGAGUGUCAAGGCCUACGAAGGAGUGUCAAGGCUCACGAAGGAUUGUCAAGGCUCACGAAGGAGUGUCAAGGCUCACGAAGGAGUGUCAAAGCCUACGAAGGAGUGUCAAGGCUCACGAAGGAGUGUCAAGGCCUACGAAGGAGUGUCAAGGCUCAUGAAGGAGUGUUAAGGCUCACGAAGGAGUGUCAAGGCCUACGAAGGAGUGUCAAGGCCUACGAAGGAGUGUCAAGGCUCACGAAGGAGUGUCAAGGCUCACAAAGGAGUGUCAAGGCUCACGAAGGAGUGUCAAGGACUACGAAGGAGUGUCAAGGCUCACGAAGGAGUGUCAAGGCUCACGAAGGAGUGUCAAGGCUCACGAAGGAGUGUCAAGGCUCACGAAGGAGUGUCAAGGCUCACGAAGGAGUGUCAAGGCUCACGAAGGAGUGCCAAGGCCUACGAAGGAGUGUCAAGGCUCACGAAGGAGUGUCAAGGCCUACGAAGGAGUGCUCACGAAGGAGUGUCAAGGCCUACGAAGGAGUGUCAAGGGCUACGAAAGAGUGUCAAGGCUCACGAAGGUGUGUCAAGGCCUACGAAGGAGUGUCAAGGCUCACGAAGGAGUGUCAAGGCUCACAAAGGAGUGUCAAGGCUCACGAAGGAGUGUCAAGGCCUACGAAGGAGUGUCAAGGCUCACGAAGGAGUGUCAAGGCUCACGAAGGAGUGUCAAGGCCUACGAAGGAGUGUCAAGGCUCACGAAGGAGUGUCAAGGCUCACGAAGGAGUGCCAAUGCUCUCGAAAGAGUGUCAAGGCCUACGAAGGAGAGUUAAGACCUACGAAGGAGUGUCAAGGCUCACGAAGGAGUGUCAAGGCCUACGAAGGAGUGUCAAGGCUCACGAAGGAGUGUCAAGGCCUACGAAGGAGUGUCAAGGCUCACGAAAGAGUGUCAAGACCUACGAAGGAGUGUCAAGGCUCACGAAGGAGUGUCAAGGCUCACGAAGGAGUGUCAAGGCCUACGAAGGAGUGUCAAGGCUCACGAAGGAGUGUCAAGGCUCACGAAGGAGUGUCAAGGCCUACGAAGGAGUGUCAAGGCUCACGAAGGAGUGUCAAGGCCUACGAAGGAGUGUCAAGGCUCACGAAGGAGUGUCAAGGCCUACGAAGGAGUGUCAAGGCCUACGAAGGAGUGUCAAGGCUCACGAAGGAGUGUCAAGGCCUACGAAGGAGUGUCAAGGCCUACGAAGGAGUGUCAAUUCUCACGAAGGAGUGCCAAGGCCUACGAAGGAGUGUCAAGGCUCACGAAGGAGUGUCAAGGCUCACGAAGGAGUGUCAAGGCUCACGAAGGAGUGUCAAGGCCUACGAAGGAGUGUCAAGGCUCAUGAAGGAGUGUUAAGGCUCACGAAGGAGUGUCAAGGCUCACGAAGGAGUGUCAAGGCUCACAAAGGAGUGUCAAGGCUCACGAAGGAGUGUCAAGGCUCACGAAGGAGUGUCAAGGCUCACAAAGGAGUGUCAAGGCUCACGAAGGAGUGUCAAGGCCUACGAAGGAGUGUCAAGGCUCACGAAGGAGUGUCAAGGCCUACGAAGGAGUGUCAAGGCUCACGAAGGAGUGUCAAGGCCUACGAAGGAGUGUCAAGGCUCACGAAGGAGUGUCAAGGCCUACGAAGGAGUGUCAAGGCUCACGAAGGAGUGUCAAGGCCUACGAAGGAGUGUCAAGGCCUACGAAGGAGUGUCAAGGCCUACGAAGGAGUGUCAAUUCUCACGAAGGAGUGUCAAGGCCUACGAAGGAGUGUCAAGGCUCAUGAAGGAGUGCUAAGGCUCACGAAGGAGUGUCAAGGCUCACGAAGGAGUGUCAAGGCUCACAAAGGAGUGUCAAGGCUCACGAAGGAGUGUCAAGGCCUACGAAGGAGUGUCAAGGCUCACGAAGGAGUGUCAAGGCCUACGAAGGAGUGUCAAGGCUCACGAAGGAGUGUCAAGGCCUACGAAGGAGUGUCAAGGCUCACGAAGGAGUGUCAAGGCUCACGAAGGAGUGUCAAGGCCUACGAAGGAGAGUCAAAGCCUACGAAGGAGUGUCAAGGCUCACGAAGGAGUGUCAAGGCCUACGAAGGAGUGUCAAGGCUCACGAAGGAGUGUCAAGGCCUACGAAGGAGUGUCAAGGCUCACGAAGGAGUGUCAAGGCCUACGAAGGAGUGUCAAGGCUCACGAAGGAGUGUCAAGGCCUACGAAGGAGUGUCAAGGCUCACGAAGGAGUGUCAAGGCUCACAAAGGAGUGUCAAGGCCUACGAAGGAGUGUCAAGGCCUACGAAGGAGUGUCAAGGCUCACGAAGGAGUGUCAAGGCCUACGAAGGAGUGUCAAUGCCUACGAAGGAGUGUCAAGGCUCACGAAGGAGUGUCAAGGCUCACGAAGGAGUGUCAAGGCUCACGAAGGAGUGCCAAGGCCUACGAAGGAGUGUCAAGGCUCACGAAGGAGUGUCAAGGCCUACGAAGGAGUGUCAAGGCUCACGAAGGAGUGUCAAGGCCUACGAAGGAGUGUCAAGGCUCACGAAGGAGUGUCAAGGCCUACGAAGGAGUGUCAAGGCUCACGAAGGAGUGUCAAGGCCUACGAAGGAGUGUCAAGGCUCACGAAGGAGUGUCAAGGCCUACGAAGGAGUGUCAAGGCUCACGAAGGAGUGUCAAGGCUCACAAAGGAGUGUCAAGGCCUACGAAGGAGUGUCAAGGCCUACGAAGGAGUGUCAAGGCUCACGAAGGAGUGUCAAGGCCUACGAAGGAGUGUCAAGGCCUACGAAGGAGUGUCAAGGCUCACGAAGGAGUGUCAAGGCUCAAGAAGGAGUGUCAAGGCUCACGAAGGAGUGCCAAGGCCUACGAAGGAGUGUCAAGGCUCACGAAGGAGUGUCAAGGCCUACGAAGGAGUGUCAAGGCUCACGAAGGAGUGUCAAGGCUCAAGAAGGAGUGUCAAGGCCUACGAAGGAGUGUCAAGGCUCACGAAGGAGUGUCAAGGCUCACGAAGGAGUGUCAAGGCCUACGAAGGAGUGUCAAGGCCUACGAAGGAGUGUCAAGGCUCACGAAGGAGUGUCAAGGCCUACGAAGGAGUGUCAAGGCCUACGAAGGAGUGUCAAGGCUCACGAAGGAGUGUCAAGGCCUACGAAGGAGUGUCAAGGCCUACGAAGGAGUGUCAAGGCUCACGAAGGAGUGUCAAGGCCUACGAAGGAGUGUCAAGGCUCACGAAGGAGUGUCAAGGCCUACGAAGGAGUGUCAAGGCUCACGAAGGAGUGUCAAGGCCUACGAAGGAGUGUCAAGGCUCACGAAGGAGUGUCAAGGCUCACGAAGGAGUGUCAAGGCCUACGAAGGAGAGUCAAAGCCUACGAAGGAGUGUCAAGGCUCACGAAGGAGUGUCAAGGCCUACGAAGGAGUGUCAAGGCUCACGAAGGAGUGUCAAGGCCUACGAAGGAGUGUCAAGGCUCACGAAGGAGUGUCAAGGCCUACGAAGGAGUGUCAAGGCUCACGAAGGAGUGUCAAGGCCUACGAAGGAGUGUCAAGGCUCACGAAGGAGUGUCAAGGCUCACAAAGGAGUGUCAAGGCCUACGAAGGAGUGUCAAGGCCUACGAAGGAGUGUCAAGGCUCACGAAGGAGUGUCAAGGCCUACGAAGGAGUGUCAAGGCCUACGAAGGAGUGUCAAGGCUCACGAAGGAGUGUCAAGGCUCACAAAGGAGUGUCAAGGCUCACGAAGGAGUGUCAAGGCCUACGAAGGAGUGUCAAGGCUCACGAAGGAGUGUCAAGGCCUACGAAGGAGUGUCAAGGCUCACGAAGGAGUGUCAAGGCCUACGAAGGAGUGUCAAGGCUCACGAAGGAGUGUCAAGGCUCACGAAGGAGUGUCAAGGCCUACGAAGGAGAGUCAAAGCCUACCAAGGAGUGUCAAGGCUCACGAAGGAGUGUCAAGGCCUACGAAGGAGUGUCAAGGCUCACGAAGGAGUGUCAAGGCUCACAAAGGAGUGUCAAGGCCUACGAAGGAGUGUCAAGGCCUACGAAGGAGUGUCAAGGCUCACGAAGGAGUGUCAAGGCCUACGAAGGAGUGUCAAGGCCUACGAAGGAGUGUCAAGGCUCACGAAGGAGUGUCAAGGCUCACAAAGGAGUGUCAAGGCUCACGAAGGAGUGUCAAGGCCUACGAAGGAGUGUCAAGGCUCACGAAGGAGUGUCAAGGCCUACGAAGGAGUGUCAAGGCUCACGAAGGAGUGUCAAGGCCUACGAAGGAGUGUCAAGGCUCACGAAGGAGUGUCAAGGCUCACGAAGGAGUGUCAAGGCCUACGAAGGAGAGUCAAAGCCUACGAAGGAGUGUCAAGGCUCACGAAGGAGUGUCAAGGCCUACGAAGGAGUGUCAAGGCUCACGAAGGAGUGUCAAGGCCUACGAAGGAGUGUCAAGGCUCACGAAGGAGUGUCAAGGCCUACGAAGGAGUGUCAAGGCUCACGAAGGAGUGUCAAGGCCUACGAAGGAGUGUCAAGGCUCACGAAGGAGUGUCAAGGCUCACAAAGGAGUGUCAAGGCCUACGAAGGAGUGUCAAGGCCUACGAAGGAGUGUCAAGGCUCACGAAGGAGUGUCAAGGCCUACGAAGGAGUGUCAAGGCCUACGAAGGAGUGUCAAGGCUCACGAAGGAGUGUCAAGGCUCACGAAGGAGUGUCAAGGCUCACGAAGGAGUGCCAAGGCCUACGAAGGAGUGUCAAGGCUCACGAAGGAGUGUCAAGGCCUACGAAGGAGUGUCAAGGCUCACGAAGGAGUGUCAAGGCCUACGAAGGAGUGUCAAGGCUCACGAAGGAGUGUCAAGGCCUACGAAGGAGUGUCAAGGCUCACGAAGGAGUGUCAAGGCCUACGAAGGAGUGUCAAGGCUCACGAAGGAGUGUCAAGGCCUACGAAGGAGUGUCAAGGCUCACGAAGGAGUGUCAAGGCUCACAAAGGAGUGUCAAGGCCUACGAAGGAGUGUCAAGGCCUACGAAGGAGUGUCAAGGCUCACGAAGGAGUGUCAAGGCCUACGAAGGAGUGUCAAGGCCUACGAAGGAGUGUCAAGGCUCACGAAGGAGUGUCAAGGCUCACGAAGGAGUGUCAAGGCUCACGAAGGAGUGCCAAGGCCUACGAAGGAGUGUCAAGGCUCACGAAGGAGUGUCAAGGCCUACGAAGGAGUGUCAAGGCUCACGAAGGAGUGUCAAGGCUCAAGAAGGAGUGUCAAGGCUCAAGAAGGAGUGUCAAGGCCUACGAAGGAGUGUCAAGGCUCACGAAGGAGUGUCAAGGCUCACGAAGGAGUGUCAAGGCCUACGAAGGAGUGUCAAGGCCUACGAAGGAGUGUCAAGGCUCACGAAGGAGUGUCAAGGCCUACGAAGGAGUGUCAAGGCCUACGAAGGAGUGUCAAGGCUCACGAAGGAGUGUCAAGGCCUACGAAGGAGUGUCAAGGCCUACGAAGGAGUGUCAAGGCUCACGAAGGAGUGUCAAGGCCUACGAAGGAGUGUCAAGGCUCACGAAGGAGUGCCAAGGCCUACGAAGGAGUGUCAAGGCUCACGAAGGAGUGUCAAGGCCUACGAAGGAGUGUCAAGGCUCACGAAGGAGUGCCUACGAAGGAGUGUCAAGGCUCACGAAGGAGUGUCAAGGCUCACAAAGGAGUGUCAAGGCCUACGAAGGAGUGUCAAGGCUCACGAAGGAGUGUCAAAGCCUACGAAGGAGUGUCAAGUCUCACGAAGGAGUGUCAAGGCCUACGAAGGAGUGUCAAGGCUCAUGAAGGAGUGUUAAGGCUCACGAAGGAGUGUCAAGGCCUACGAAGGAGUGUCAAGGCCUACGAAGGAGUGUCAAGGCUCACGAAGGAGUGUCAAGGCUCACAAAGGAGUGUCAAGGCUCACGAAGGAGUGUCAAGGCCUACGAAGGAGUGUCAAGGCUCACGAAGGAGUGUCAAGGCCUACGAAGGAGUGUCAAGGCUCACGAAGGAGUGUCAAGGCCUACGAAGGAGUGUCAAGGCUCACGAAGGAGUGUCAAGGCUCACGAAGGAGUGUCAAGGCCUACGAAGGAGAGUCAAGGCCUACGAAGGAGUGUCAAGGCCUACGAAGGAGUGUCAAGGCUCACGAAGGAGUGUCAAGGCUCACGAAGGAGUGUCAAUGCUCACGAAGGAGUGUCAAGGCUCACGAAGGAGUGUCAAGGCCUACGAAGGAGUGUCAAGGCCUACGAAGGAGUGUCAAGGCUCACAAAGGAGUGUCAAGGCCUACGAAGGAGUGUCAAGGCUCACGAAGGAGUGUCAAGGCUCACGAAGGAGUGUCAAGGCUCACGAAGGAGUGCCAAGGCCUACGAAGGAGUGUCAAGGCUCACGAAGGAGUGUCAAGGCUCACGAAGGAGUGUCAAGGCCUACGAAGGAGUGUCAAGGCUCACGAAGGAGUGCUCACGAAGGAGUGUCAAGGCCUACGAAGGAGUGUCAAGGCUCACGAAGGAGUGUCAAGGCUCACAAAGGAGUGUCAAGGCCUACGAAGGAGUGUCAAGGCUCACGAAGGAGUGUCAAAGCCUACGAAGGAGUGUCAAGUCUCACGAAGGAGUGUCAAGGCCUACGAAGGAGUGUCAAGGCUCAUGAAGGAGUGUUAAGGCUCACGAAGGAGUGUCAAGGCCUACGAAGGAGUGUCAAGGCCUACGAAGGAGUGUCAAGGCUCACGAAGGAGUGUCAAGGCUCACAAAGGAGUGUCAAGGCUCACGAAGGAGUGUCAAGGCCUACGAAGGAGUGUCAAGGCUCACGAAGGAGUGUCAAGGCCUACGAAGGAGUGUCAAGGCUCACGAAGGAGUGUCAAGGCCUACGAAGGAGUGUCAAGGCUCACGAAGGAGUGUCAAGGCUCACGAAGGAGUGUCAAGGCCUACGAAGGAGAGUCAAGGCCUACGAAGGAGUGUCAAGGCCUACGAAGGAGUGUCAAGGCUCACGAAGGAGUGUCAAGGCCUACGAAGGAGUGUCAAGGCUCACGAAGGAGUGUCAAGGCUCACGAAGGAGUGUCAAUGCUCACGAAGGAGUGUCAAGGCUCACGAAGGAGUGUCAAGGCCUACGAAGGAGUGUCAAGGCCUACGAAGGAGUGUCAAGGCUCACAAAGGAGUGUCAAGGCCUACGAAGGAGUGUCAAGGCUCACGAAGGAGUGUCAAGGCUCACGAAGGAGUGUCAAGGCUCACGAAGGAGUGCCAAGGCCUACGAAGGAGUGUCAAGGCUCACGAAGGAGUGUCAAGGCCUACGAAGGAGUGUCAAGGCCUACGAAGGAGUGUCAAGGCUCACGAAGGAGUGUCAAGGCCUACGAAGGAGUGUCAAGGCUCACGAAGGAGUGUCAAGGCCUACGAAGGAGUGUCAAGGCUCACGAAGGAGUGUCAAGGCCUACGAAGGAGUGUCAAGGCUCACGAAGGAGUGUCAAGGCCUACGAAGGAGAGUCAAGGCCUACGAAGGAGUGUCAAGGCUCACGAAGGAGUGUCAAGGCUCACGAAGGAGUGUCAAGGCCUACGAAGGAGUGUCAAGGCUCACGAAGGAGUGUCAAGGCCUACGAAGGAGUGUCAAGGCUCACGAAGGAGUGUCAAGGCUCACGAAGGAGUGUCAAGGCCUACGAAGGAGAGUCAAGGCCUACGAAGGAGUGUCAAGGCUCACGAAGGAGUGUCAAGGCCUACGAAGGAGUGUCAAGGCUCACGAAGGAGUGUCAAGGCCUACGAAGGAGUGUCAAGGCUCACGAAGGAGUGUCAAGGCUCACGAAGGAGUGUCAAUGCUCACGAAGGAGUGUCAAGGCUCACGAAGGAGUGUCAAGGCCUACGAAGGAGUGUCAAGGCCUACGAAGGAGUGUCAAGGCUCACGAAGGAGUGUCAAGGCCUACGAAGGAGUGUCAAGGCUCACGAAGGAGUGCUCACGAAGGAGUGUCAAGGCCUACGAAGGAGUGUCAAGGCCUACGAAGGAGUGUCAAGGCUCACGAAGGAGUGUCAAGGCUCACAAAGGAGUGUCAAGGCUCACGAAGGAGUGUCAAGGCCUACGAAGGAGUGUCAAGGCUCACGAAGGAGUGUCAAGGCCUACGAAGGAGUGUCAAGGCUCACGAAGGAGUGUCAAGGCCUACGAAGGAGUGUCAAGGCUCACGAAGGAGUGUCAAGGCUCACGAAGGAGUGUCAAGGCCUACGAAGGAGAGUCAAGGCCUACGAAGGAGUGUCAAGGCCUACGAAGGAGUGUCAAGGCUCACGAAGGAGUGUCAAGGCCUACGAAGGAGUGUCAAGGCUCACGAAGGAGUGUCAAGGCUCACGAAGGAGUGUCAAUGCUCACGAAGGAGUGUCAAGGCCUACGAAGGAGUGUCAAGGCUCACGAAGGAGUGUCAAGGCUCACGAAGGAGUGUCAAGGCCUACGAAGGAGAGUCAAGGCUCACGAAGGAGUGUCAAGGCCUACGAAGGAGUGUCAAGGCUCACGAAGGAGUGUCAAGGCCUACGAAGGAGUGUCAAGGCUCACGAAGGAGUGUCAAGGCCUACGAAGGAGUGUCAAGGCUCACGAAGGAGUGUCAAGGCCUACGAAGGAGAGUCAAGGCCUACGAAGGAGUGUCAAGGCUCACGAAGGAGUGUCAAGGCUCACGAAGGAGUGUCAAGGCCUACGAAGGAGUGUCAAGGCUCACGAAGGAGUGUCAAGGCCUACGAAGGAGUGUCAAGGCUCACGAAGGAGUGUCAAGGCUCACGAAGGAGUGUCAAGGCCUACGAAGGAGAGUCAAGGCCUACGAAGGAGUGUCAAGGCUCACGAAGGAGUGUCAAGGCCUACGAAGGAGUGUCAAGGCUCACGAAGGAGUGUCAAGGCCUACGAAGGAGUGUCAAGGCUCACGAAGGAGUGUCAAGGCUCACGAAGGAGUGUCAAUGCUCACGAAGGAGUGUCAAGGCUCACGAAGGAGUGUCAAGGCCUACGAAGGAGUGUCAAGGCCUACGAAGGAGUGUCAAGGCUCACGAAGGAGUGUCAAGGCCUACGAAGGAGUGUCAAGGCUCACGAAGGAGUGUCAAGGCUCACGAAGGAGUGUCAAAGCCUACGAAGGAGUGUCAAGGCUCACGAAGGAGUGUCAAGGCUCACGAAGGAGUGUCAAGGCCUACGAAGGAGAGUCAAGGCCUACGAAGGAGUGUCAAGGCUCACGAAGGAGUGUCAAGGCCUACGAAGGAGUGUCAAGGCUCACGAAGGAGUGUCAAGGCCUACGAAGGAGUGUCAAGGCUCACGAAGGAGUGUCAAGGCUCACGAAGGAGUGUCAAUGCUCACGAAGGAGUGUCAAGGCUCACGAAGGAGUGUCAAGGCCUACGAAGGAGUGUCAAGGCCUACGAAGGAGUGUCAAGGCUCACGAAGGAGUGUCAAGGCCUACGAAGGAGUGUCAAGGCUCACGAAGGAGUGUCAAGGCUCACGAAGGAGUGUCAAAGCCUACGAAGGAGUGUCAAGGCUCACGAAGGAGUGUCAAGGCCUACGAAGGAGUGUCAAGGCUCAUGAAGGAGUGUUAAGGCUCACGAAGGAGUGUCAAGGCCUACGAAGGAGUGUCAAGGCCUACGAAGGAGUGUCAAGGCUCACGAAGGAGUGUCAAGGCUCACAAAGGAGUGUCAAGGCUCACGAAGGAGUGUCAAGGCCUACGAAGGAGUGUCAAGGCUCACGAAGGAGUGUCAAGGCCUACGAAGGAGUGUCAAGGCUCACGAAGGAGUGUCAAGGCCUACGAAGGAGUGUCAAGGCUCACGAAGGAGUGUCAAGGCUCACGAAGGAGUGUCAAGGCCUACGAAGGAGAGUCAAGGCCUACGAAGGAGUGUCAAGGCCUACGAAGGAGUGUCAAGGCUCACGAAGGAGUGUCAAGGCCUACGAAGGAGUGUCAAGGCUCACGAAGGAGUGUCAAGGCUCACGAAGGAGUGUCAAUGCUCACGAAGGAGUGUCAAGGCUCACGAAGGAGUGUCAAGGCCUACGAAGGAGUGUCAAGGCCUACGAAGGAGUGUCAAGGCUCACAAAGGAGUGUCAAGGCCUACGAAGGAGUGUCAAGGCUCACGAAGGAGUGUCAAGGCUCACGAAGGAGUGUCAAGGCCUACGAAGGAGUGUCAAGGCUCACGAAGGAGUGUCAAGGCCUACGAAGGAGUGUCAAGGCUCACGAAGGAGUGUCAAGGCCUACGAAGGAGUGUCAAGGCUCACGAAGGAGUGUCAAGGCUCACAAAGGAGUGUCAAGGCCUACGAAGGAGUGUCAAGGCCUACGAAGGAGUGUCAAGGCUCACGAAGGAGUGUCAAGGCCUACGAAGGAGUGUCAAGGCCUACGAAGGAGUGUCAAGGCUCACGAAGGAGUGUCAAGGCUCACGAAGGAGUGUCAAGGCUCACGAAGGAGUGCCAAGGCCUACGAAGGAGUGUCAAGGCUCACGAAGGAGUGUCAAGGCCUACGAAGGAGUGUCAAGGCUCACGAAGGAGUGUCAAGGCUCAAGAAGGAGUGUCAAGGCCUACGAAGGAGUGUCAAGGCUCACGAAGGAGUGUCAAGGCUCACGAAGGAGUGUCAAGGCCUACGAAGGAGUGUCAAGGCCUACGAAGGAGUGUCAAGGCUCACGAAGGAGUGUCAAGGCCUACGAAGGAGUGUCAAGGCCUACGAAGGAGUGUCAAGGCUCACGAAGGAGUGUCAAGGCCUACGAAGGAGUGUCAAGGCCUACGAAGGAGUGUCAAGGCUCACGAAGGAGUGUCAAGGCCUACGAAGGAGUGUCAAGGCUCACGAAGGAGUGCCAAGGCCUACGAAGGAGUGUCAAGGCUCACGAAGGAGUGCUCACGAAGGAGUGUCAAGGCCUACGAAGGAGUGUCAAGGCUCACGAAGGAGUGUCAAGGCUCACAAAGGAGUGUCAAGGCUCACGAAGGAGUGUCAAGGCCUACGAAGGAGUGUCAAGGCUCACGAAGGAGUGUCAAGGCCUACGAAGGAGUGUCAAGGCUCACGAAGGAGUGUCAAGGCUCACGAAGGAGUGUCAAGGCUCACGAAGGAGUGCCAAGGCCUACGAAGGAGUGUCAAGGCUCACGAAGGAGUGUCAAAGCCUACGAAGGAGUGUCAAGGCUCACGAAGGAGUGUCAAGGCCUACGAAGGAGUGUCAAGGCUCAUGAAGGAGUGUUAAGGCUCACGAAGGAGUGUCAAGGCCUACGAAGGAGUGUCAAGGCCUACGAAGGAGUGUCAAGGCUCACGAAGGAGUGUCAAGGCUCACAAAGGAGUGUCAAGGCUCACGAAGGAGUGUCAAGGCCUACGAAGGAGUGUCAAGGCUCACGAAGGAGUGUCAAGGCCUACGAAGGAGUGUCAAGGCUCACGAAGGAGUGUCAAGGCCUACGAAGGAGUGUCAAGGCUCACGAAGGAGUGUCAAGGCUCACGAAGGAGUGUCAAGGCCUACGAAGGAGAGUCAAGGCCUACGAAGGAGUGUCAAGGCCUACGAAGGAGUGUCAAGGCUCACGAAGGAGUGUCAAGGCCUACGAAGGAGUGUCAAGGCUCACGAAGGAGUGUCAAGGCUCACGAAGGAGUGUCAAUGCUCACGAAGGAGUUUCAAGGCUCACGAAGGAGUGUCAAGGCCUACGAAGGAGUGUCAAGGCCUACGAAGGAGUGUCAAGGCUCACAAAGGAGUGUCAAGGCCUACGAAGGAGUGUCAAGGCUCACGAAGGAGUGUCAAGGCUCACGAAGGAGUGUCAAGGCUCACGAAGGAGUGCCAAGGCCUACGAAGGAGUGUCAAGGCUCACGAAGGAGUGUCAAGGCCUACGAAGGAGUGUCAAGGCCUACGAAGGAGUGUCAAGGCUCACGAAGGAGUGUCAAGGCCUACGAAGGAGUGUCAAGGCUCACGAAGGAGUGUCAAGGCCUACGAAGGAGUGUCAAGGCUCACGAAGGAGUGUCAAGGCCUACGAAGGAGUGUCAAGGCUCACGAAGGAGUGUCAAGGCCUACGAAGGAGAGUCAAGGCCUACGAAGGAGUGUCAAGGCUCACGAAGGAGUGUCAAGGCUCACGAAGGAGUGUCAAGGCCUACGAAGGAGUGUCAAGGCUCACGAAGGAGUGUCAAGGCCUACGAAGGAGUGUCAAGGCUCACGAAGGAGUGUCAAGGCUCACGAAGGAGUGUCAAGGCCUACGAAGGAGAGUCAAGGCCUACGAAGGAGUGCCAAGGCCUACGAAGGAGUGUCAAGGCUCACGAAGGAGUGUCAAGGCCUACGAAGGAGUGUCAAGGCCUACGAAGGAGUGUCAAGGCUCACGAAGGAGUGUCAAGGCCUACGAAGGAGUGUCAAGGCUCACGAAGGAGUGUCAAGGCUCACGAAGGAGUGUCAAGGCUCACGAAAGAGUGUCAAGGCCUACGAAGGAGAGUCAAGGCCUACGAAGGAGUGUCAAGGCUCACGAAGGAGUGUCAAGGCCUACGAAGGAGUGUCAAGGCUCACGAAGGAGUGUCAAGGCCUACGAAGGAGUGUCAAGGCUCACGAAGGAGUGUCAAGGCUCACGAAGGAGUGUCAAGGCCUACGAAGGAGUGUCAAGGCUCACGAAGGAGUGUCAAGGCUCACGAAGGAGUGUCAAGGCUCACGAAGGAGCGUCAAGGCCUACGCAGGAGUGUCAAGGCUCACGAAGGAGUGUCAAGGCUCACGAAGGAGUGUCAAGGCUCACGAAGGAGUGUCAAGGCUCACGAAGGAGUGUCAAGGCCUACGAAGGAGUGUCAAGGCUCACGAAGGAGUGUCAAGGCUCACGAAGGAGUGUCAAGGCCUACGAAGGAGUGUCAAGGCUCACGAAGGAGUGUCAAGGCUCACGAAGGAGUGUCAAGGCUCACGAAGGAGUGUCAAGGCCUACGAAGGAGUGUCAAGGCUCACGAAGGAGUGUCAAGGCCUACGAAGGAGUGUCAAGGCUCACGAAGGAGUGUCAAGGCCUACGAAGGAGUGUCAAGGCUCACGAAGGAGUGUCAAGGCCUACGAAGGAGUGUCAAGGCUCACGAAGGAGUGUCAAGGCUCACGAAGGAGUGUCAAGGCCUACGAAGGAGAGUCAAGGCCUACGAAGGAGUGUCAAGGCUCACGAAGGAGUGUCAAGGCCUACGAAGGAGUGUCAAGGCUCACGAAGGAGUGUCAAGGCCUACGAAGGAGUGUCAAGGCUCACGAAGGAGUGUCAAGGCUCACGAAGGAGUGCCAAGGCCUACGAAGGAGUGUCAAGGCUCACGAAGGAGUGUCAAGGCCUACGAAGGAGUGUCAAGGCCUACGAAGGAGUGUCAAGGCUCACGAAGGAGUGUCAAGGCCUACGAAGGAGUGUCAAGGCUCACGAAGGAGUGUCAAGGCUCACGAAGGAGUGUCAAGGCUCACGAAAGAGUGUCAAGGCCUACGAAGGAGAGUCAAGGCCUACGAAGGAGUGUCAAGGCUCACGAAGGAGUGUCAAGGCCUACGAAGGAGUGUCAAGGCUCACGAAGGAGUGUCAAGGCCUACGAAGGAGUGUCAAGGCUCACGAAGGAGUGUCAAGGCCUACGAAGGAGUGUCAAGGCCUACGAAGGAGUGUCAAGGCUCACGAAGGAGUGUUAAGGCUCACGAUGGAGUGUCAAGGCCUACGAAGGAGUGUCAAGGCUCACGAAGGAGUGUCAAGGCUCACGAAGGAGUGUCGAGGCCUACGAAGGAGAGUCAAGGCCUACGAAGGAGUGUCAAGGCUCACGAAGGAGUGUCAAGGCCUACGAAGGAGUGUCAAGGCUCACGAAGGAGUGUCAAGGCCUACGAAGGAGUGUCAAGGCUCACGAAGGAGUGUCAAGGCUCACGAAGGAGUGUCAAGGCCUACGAAGGAGUGUCAAGGCUCACGAAGGAGUGUCAAGGCUCACGAUGGAGUGUCAAGGCCUACGAAGGAGUGUCAAGGCUCACGAAGGAGUGUCAAGGCUCACGAAGGAGUGUCAAGGCCUACGAAGGAGUGUCACGGCUCACGAAGGAGUGUCAAGGCUCACGAAGGAGUGUCAAGGCUCACGAAGGAGUGCCAAGGCCUACGAAGGAGUGUCAAGGCUCACGAAGGAGUGUCAAGGCCUACGAAGGAGUGUCAAGGCCUACGAAGGAGUGUCAAGGCUCACGAAGGAGUGUCAAGGCCUACGAAGGAGUGUCAAGGCUCACGAAGGAGUGCCAAGGCCUACGAAGGAGAGUCAAGGCCUACGAAGGAGUGUCAAGGCUCACGAAGGAGUGUCAAGGCCUACGAAGGAGUGUCAAGGCUCACGAAGGAGUGUUAA